ACCCCAGCGGUUGGUCGCUCAGGAGGCAGUUGGGAGCCGCGAGGAAGGAUAACCGUUGGCGCUGAGGGGGAGAGGGAGGCGGUGACGAGACGACGACGCGCACGGUGGGUCCGCGAAGGCGGCGCCCGCUAUGAGGAAAAAGAGGCGGGUAGGGAAUAGCUCUCCCCCUCCCACCCUACUCGACCUCUCUAUUUCCCACAAAAAUGCGCUUAUCCCUUCUCCAGCCGGGGGUGGACUGAACCUACAUGCCCGAGGUUGAGUGGGGGAGGCAGGCAAAGCUUCCUUUAUAUGGGGGGGGGGGGGGCCGCCAGGCAAAGCUGGUCGGCAGCUUUAUCUGUCUGUCUAUCUGUCUAUCUGCAUAUGUAUAGAGAGAGGGGAUCGGCUGGUCGGCAGCUUUGUACAUUGUAUAAAAUCUCUAUGGUGCAGUUAUUCUAACUAAGCAAUCUGUGACCUGGUGGGUAAUUGCUUUAUUGUUAUGUAUUUCUGUGUUUGGAUGCUGGAAACCGCCCUGGGAUCCUGAGGUGAAGGGCGGCAUAUAAAUUUAAUAAAUAUUGAUGGUGCUGAUAACACUUGGAAUACAGUGUAUAAUAAAUUUGUUGCUGCCUCUCAGAAGGGAUAUCGCGGAGCUGGGAAAGGUGCAUUGGUGACAGAAGUACCAACCUCUCCUAUGUAGGGAACGGGUGCUCAUCCUGCUACCCGAUCCAGUUAUGGAUUUUGUGGUCCCUCUUAACCGCUCUUCGUUUUGUUUUUGCCCACACUCCCCAACCCCCUGCAUGAAAGUGAAAGUAGACAGGCUGCAAAUGCUCCUGUCCCCGAAAAUAACAUCAAAAUAAUCAGGGCUAGAGCAAUUUCCUUAUGAGGAAAAGUUAGGGGGGGGUGGAGAUGAGCAAGGGUGGGACAUGAUCAAGGUGUAUCAAGCAUCCUUUUCUCAGUGCUUGAACCCCAGGGUGUGAAAUGCUUUUUAAUACAACUGCAACUCAUAGUUAAAUUUCAGCCUUCACUAGGAUAAGAUGUAGUGACUGCCACCAAUUUUGUUUUAAGGAUUAGACUAAUUGAUGGUGGAUAACGGUUAUUAGUCAUUAUGACCAUAUGCUGCUUCCAGGAUUAGAGGCAGUAUGCAGUCAUUGGAGAACAACAGCAGGAGAGUUUAUUGUGCCUAUAUCUUGCUUGUAAGCUUUCCAGUUGGCCACUAUGUGAGACAAGAUGCUACACUACAUAGGCCUUUGGUCUGAUCCAACAGUUUCUCUUACAUUCUUUUUACAAUGGUGUACAUUAAUGUGAUAGAAGUUGUUCUAUAAAUUUGAAUGUCUCUAUAUUUCUGUGCUUUUUUUACAGUCAUGUAAAACGACGUUCCCUUUUUGAAAAGUUUAAUGGCUAUACUACCUUUUAAUAAUCAUGGAAAUUAAACUGGAAGUUCUAACUUCUACAUGUAUCAAACAAAGGAAGCCAUGGCCUCAAAUCACUUGGCUGGGACAGGUAAUCAAUCAUCUGCUAUUUUUGUAUGAUACAGUAGGGGCACAACACCUCUAGAAUUCAGCCUCCUGGCUGAAGUGAAUAGUACUUAAAAGUGCUUGAUUAGAUUUCUGUGUUUGGUUAUAUUGCAAAGAACUCGUCCUUUAGAGACCAGUAAUAAAAAUACAGAUUUGUUAGGAAAUACAGGGGCAUACAGUGGUGCCCCGCAAGACGAAUGCCUCGCAAGACGGAAAACCCGCUAGACGAAAGGGUUUUCCGUUUUGGAGGUGCUUCGCAAAACGAAUUUCCUAUGUGCUUGCUUCGCAAGACGAAAAUGUCUUGCGAGUUCCUGCGGGGUUGGUUUCCUUUCCCCGCCUUUUUCCCAAGCCGCUAAACCGCUUAUCAGCUGAUGGCUAAGCCGCUUAACAGCUGAUGCUAAGCCGCUUAUCAGCUUAUCGUUAAGCCGCUUAUCAGCUGAUGUUAAGCCGCUUAUCAGCUUAUCGUUAAGCCGCUUAUCAGCUGAUCCACUAAGCCUGCUAAGCCGCUAAUACUGUAGCACUAAUCCGCUAAACCACUAAUGGGCUUGCUUCGCAAGACGAAAAAACCCGCAAGACGAAGAGACUCGCGGAACGGAUUCUUUUCGUCUUGCGAGGCACCACUGUAUUAUGGUUAUGUCUGCAACUGCCACUUCGUUUCACAGAAUUUAAAUUCUUUACAUAUGAAAUAAAUUUAAAAAGUGUAAGAAUUCUGUUAAUCUUAGUUUUCAUAUGAUUUGUUUCCAUGUGUUAAAAGACACUGUCCAUUCCUUUAUUCAUCUAUUUAUAUAAAAAAAUUGUAUACAGCUAAAUCAUAAAAGUACAUCAAUGCAGUUUACAACAUUAAAAAGAUAAAAACCGUACAAUAAAAGUAUAAAAAGUUAAAAACAAUUUAAAAGCUAAAAAGUUAAAAACAAGUAUCAAUAAACAUUGUGGAAGGAUGAAUUCUUAAUUGCCUGCAUAGGCCUGGCGGAAUAGAAGCAUUUUCAGCAAGUGUUCAAAAAUUGUCACAGAAGGUGAUCGCUAAAUCUCUAUUGGUAGAGUGUUCCACAAGUCUGGGCUGAUUACACUAAUGACAUGGUUUCUCCGUUGUCAAACAAGCCUCAUCCACUCGGGGAAGCAGCUCCAGUGUUCUCUUAAUCCUCCUAUGUAGGAACUUCUAUGUUACAUCUUUUCUGUGAUAUGCAAAAGACACUUUUAGCAGUGGGGAACUGUCCAUGAGUAGCACUUCGGGUUACAAACUCUGGUAACCCAGAAGUAGUGCCUUGGGUUACAAACUUUGCCUCAGGAUGAGAAUGUAAAUUGUGUGCCAGUGGCACAGCAGCAGCAGGAGGCCCCAUUAGUGAAAGCGCACCUCAGGUUAAGAAUGGUUUCCGGUUAAGAAUGGACCUCCAGAACAAAUUAAGUUCAUAACCCGAGGUACCACUGUAUACAGUAGUUGUGCUUAUUCAGGUAUUAGUUUUCAGGAAACAUGUGGAAGUGGGUACCUGAAUAAAAGGCUUUCUUUCUUUAUAAUAGGAAAAGGAGGCUGUUUUUCUUUUAGAUGACAAAAGCAUAAAUGAAAUUAAUCUGCUUUCGGGGAGGACAAAGAAGAUCCCCCAAUUACAUCCCUUGCUGAAGAAUGUUGUUGUCUUAACAACUUCAAGAAAUGGUUAAGUAUUAGCACUAACAAGUUGUUGCAUGAUUUUAUUUUUUGAAUUUAUUUAAAUUAAUUUUGUUUCUGAGAAUUAAAAAUGUACUGACUCUCUACUUUGUGAGGGCAGUAUCUAAGUAUCUUAAAUAAAUAAACAAGUAAAGGGUUUCCACUGCUACCCCCUUACCCUCAAUAUAGUUCUGAUCUAAAACUAUGUAACAACUUGGGACUAAAGGGGGGGAAAUAGUGUAGUCUUAUGCAUGUUUCCCUGGGAGUAAGCUAGCUGAACCUAGUUUACUCCCUUCUGAGUAAAUAUGCAUGAAAUAGUACUAUUUGUCUAAAAUGUUGCACUUUGAACAACAAAAUUAUCCUUAAUCAAACAGGAGCUUGGUUGGCAGGGAUACUUAAAACAGGAGAACUCUUUCUUUGGAACAAAGACCAAGACACUAUGAAAACUGUCUCGGCAGCUGAAGAAUGUAAGAAGGUGGUUUUAGCAGCACAAGGUAGGAAUAUUCAAUAUUUUGAUUAACAUUGUCCUUUCCCCUAUUUAUUUUGUUCAAAAAAAGGUUUUCUCAAACAUUACUAUUUUGCUUAUUUAACAACUAAAAAUGAAAAUGUUGAUUUUAUUCAUGACUCUCUGAGUUAUUUAAUAGUGUUUAUAUUUCAAAGAGAAAUGACUUGUUAAGCUAAACCUUAACAUAUAUAAUGUAUUUUUUAUAGAACUGGGAUGGAGAAGCUUUUUGGUCUAGUGGGCCUGAUCUUUAUCACCCCUGUCGCUCAUGGGCCAACUUUGGUUAGUGGGCAUGGCCACCCACCUAUCAAUAAUCAGCUGCCAUGAUGUCACGUGACUGAUAGUUGGGCAGUUCCACCCACCAGGGCAUUCAUACCAGGGAAUGUGCUGAGGACGCAGCACCUAGCAGGAUUGAACCCCACAUAUCAGCUGACAUCAGCCAAUGGUCUGGUGGGUGUGUUUGGCGGGAAAUGGCAUAAUGGGCCUUAUUUGGACCCUUUGGCAGGCCAAGAUUGACCCAUGGUUGAGAGGUUCCAUACCCCUGGUUUAGAAGGUAAUCAUAAUCAUGUUGAGGGCAGUAAAAAAGAUUAUACUGCUUCUUAGUGAAAUAUGGUAGGCUUUCUUAGUUCUGUGCUAUUAUAAGUACUAAACAUGAUGUCCUAGGUUUAAUCUUUGUAUUGUGUUCAUUGACUUUUAUACAAUAAAAAGUUAGCACAGUAGCUAAUGUCAAAAACUAUUAAAACUGUCAAUGUAUUUUGGAUAGAUCAUGUAAAGAAUGAGUAGCUGCAUUAACACAACAUUAUUUUCUAGACUGUUCAAUGAGAUUAUACCUAUAUGUUUCUGGUGAUGGAAAUAAGGUUCUUCUCACUACGCCAACUGCCAGUAUCUUUCUAUGGGAAAGUGAGGAAUGUAAAAGUACACCAGCUAAAGGUUGUGUAAUGGGACAGUGGUCACAAAUUGUUCCUGAAGCAUCAGUUGUAUUACCAUCUGUUGAAGAGAAAGAAACGUCAGUGAGUGUUGACUUCAUCCAAAAUGAGGUAAACAAUAAAAUCUGUCUAAUUUAUAUAGAUUCAGUAAGCUGUGUAUGUAAAAUGCAUAGUGACCUUUCUGUUAUCGGUUGUACAAUUCUGGUUAUUGUGGAAAGUAGAAGUGCACCAGCUCUAUGUACUUCCUGAAUUAAGAGGCAAAUAAGGUGAGAUUUAGGUGAGAUUUUCACAUGGCCUGGGUUGGAUUGAGUCCUUAACAAGGCAUCUUGAGUUGGUGGUGCACAACCCCAAAAGUCACAGUGCAUUUGUUACUAGCUACCUUAAGUGAACAGUUUCUUUUAAUUUUGAGGCUUCUGUGGGACAAGGAUAGUCUAUGACAAAUCAGUGUCUGGUAUCUUGAUCCUCACCAUAUGUGCCUGCAGUCUUCAUGAUUUGUGCACAGGGCAAUAGUAAAUAUCCCCUAUCCUAUUUAUGCCCAGACAACAAAAAAUAGGCCUCACUAUAAUACUGCAUGAACACAAAAUCUCAAUGUAAUUUUUGCUUAAAUCAUCAAGGUAUAAGAUGUGAAAGCUUAUGUUUUAUAUAUUCUCUUGCUCUAUGUGAAUUAUACAAACCAUGUGGUGAAAUGUUAAUUGCUUUCAGCUGAUUUGACCUUAAAACUUGGCUUGUAUAUGAAUUGUUUAAGAAAUCCAAGUAGAGUUAUUAAGCAUUAUUUUGAUUCAUUUGCAGAUGCUGGGGGACUGCUGCUUGUGUUGUUUUGCAUUUUAUUCUCAGGAGCAUUUAAUGCUGACAUUUUUGGAAAUUAAAUGGCAAGAGAACAGUUUAAAGAUUGCUUGGUAAGAUUAAAUCAUUAAUUAAAUUUUAAUAUAGGUUUUUAAGACUUGGUUUUAAAACUUCAAUGUUUGCUGCCACAUAGUUUGAAUAACAUGUAGAUAGUUUGAUCAAGAAAAAUUCUGCAUUAAUUAAGGUGUUUUUAUAUGUGCAGGGAUUGAAUGUACAGUAGGAUUGCAACGUAUGCUGAAAAAAGUUGUUGAUGUUUUUAAAAUUUCCCCAUAAUACGGAACAGAAAUACAAGAUUCUUUUGUUUUUCCAAAUUGGGAUUUGUACCCGAGCCAAAUUGGGCAUGAAAUAGUCCAUGCUAAACUGUUCUGUUUUCCAAAGCACUGAAUCAGGAUUUGAGCUGAGUCAUGUGGUUGGUGCAUACUGCUAAACUAAACUUUGCCAAAGUUCUCCUGGCCAGACGGGGACAGAGGCUUUGUUCAAGCCUGUUCAAGGUCAUGUAUCUAUGCUUUAGUGUUACAGGGAAACCCGCCAAUUAACUUACAGACAUCCAGAAAGAAUGUUUCCUUUUAUGUUCUUAUCUAUAUGUAUUUUUGUUUUAUGUAGCUCUUUUCCAUUUCUGAUACACUGGACACAGCGGACAUGUUCUUUGUCGAGUUUGGCUCCCCAUUGUAAGCCAAUAAAAUCAAGAGGUGCUUUGCUUACUGCGUUUUCAAAUGAUGGGCUUGUUCUAGCAAUAGGUGUCAACCAGAAGGAUUUACAGGUACAAAUAUUAGUAACAUAAAGCAAAAGUGAUCUUGUUAAUACUGUAAAGAAUAUUAAGUGUGAUGCAGCAAAUCAGUCUUCUGGGUUACCUUCAUACUUCAGCAAGGGGCUAGUAAUAAAAACAAGGAAUUAGAGAAGGAGUCUGCUGUACUUUUGUAUUGUGUUCAUUUCAUCAGUGCUUCAGAUCAGCACAUUCAGCAACUGAAGUUAUAUGUGCUAUAUAUGUUAUUCCAAUAAGUUUCUAAUGAAAGCUAUAUAUGUGCUGUGAAGUGUUAAUUAAUCAUUAUAUUUUAUGUUGCUUGGUUUGCAUGCAGUUUAACCAUUCUUUCUUUUGUCUUUUUUAAAAAAAAAUAUUCAGGCAACUCAGAUUUUGUUUAUGAGCACAGCAAAUUUCAUUGCUGUUUCUGGUAGCCUUAAAGGUUGUGGUAGUAAGAAACACAAAAUUCAGUCAAAGUUUAUAAGGUUAGUAUAGUGUUUUUCAGAAUUUAUUUUUAAAUCAUAUUUGGAUAACUGGAUACUGAUGUCUGAAGGUGAUAUUUGUUCUUUUGUUUUAGAUCCUAUUGGAUUUCUGACAUGAGCUGGACUCAUGAUAGCCUUUUUUUGGCUUGCAUGUUAAAACGUGGGUCACUGAUCUUAAUGACUUGUUUGGGUGAAUUGCUUACUUUAGUAACAUAUGGUUGCUCUGUAGAAUUUGGACCAGCAGAAUUUAUUCCUCUACAUCCACUAAUAACAUACAGGUGAGACAGUCAUAAUGUGGUUUAUUAAAUUCAUUUGCUCAUAUCUUUCUUUCGUUCAUUUCUUCUCUUUUAAAUGUUUCACCUUUCAAAUAAUUUUUGCUUUUUCUGUGUCUUUCUUCUCAAUAUCUUGUUUCUCAUUCAUAGUUCUCUCCUAUUUCUUAUAAUGGCUUUUCCUGCUGAACAAAUGACAUUUUCAUCAUGUAAGUACAAAUUAUUUAAGCCACUAUUAGGAUCAUUUAUUUAUUUUUAAGCAUGACUGUACUGAGUGGAGUUGAUGAGGGUUGUAGUCCAAAACAUUUCAAGGGCACCAGAUUGGCAACUGCUGUGCUAGUGUAGGAGAAGAUAUUAAUCUGAGCUGGAUUGUCCCCAUAAAACUUUUGUGUUACAUUGUUUAGUAAUGUCCGACUCUUCGUGACCCCAUGGACCAGGCACUCCUGUCUCCCACUGCCUCCCGCAGUUUGGUCAGACUCAUGUUGGUAGCUUCAAGAACACUGUCCAACCAUCUCAUCUUCUGUGGUCCCAUUCUCCUUGUGCCCUCAAUCUUUCCCAACAUCAGGGUCUUUUGUGUUACAGAACUGCUUUUACUUUACUUUUCUGAUAAUUUAGUAUUUUAUCUGUUAGAUCACAGAACUCUUUGAUGCAAGAUCUGAAUCAUUCUAAUGAUUCAUCAGCCUCUGAAGGGGAUCUAAUGAGGCAGAGAUUUUCUGUAGCAUCACAUCCAAGUUUACCCUUCUUCAUUGCCUCUGAUGGGUAUAUAAUCACCGUUCUCAAAUUUUAUGAUGGAUUCUCACCCUCGGCAUAUAUGAGGUCUUUGCUGCUUGAUUCAGCCCAGAGGCUUGAAAAACUGCACCACAGCUUGAUUAAAUCUAAGGUAUUGUUUCAUUUGGUUUUCUACUGCAACAUAGGUUUAAUAGUAUAGUUCUCAGAUGCUUGCCUGGAAUUGGUUCUACCCAUUAUUAAUUGGUCACAUUAGGAUAAUUCAGUUAUUCACCUGGAAUUGGUUCUAGACAUUAUUAAUUGGUCACAUUAGGAUAAUUCACUUAUUCCAUGAUUAAAUACUUACAUUGCUUUAGCCUACUCAGUGUUGAGAAGGAAAGUUAAUUUUAGGUUUCUGUUCAGAAUGACGUGUUUGAAUCUCUUCAGUUGUGUGAUGUGAAAUAAAGCACCCACAAUGUUCACACUAGCCAGCAUAUCUGCCAAGAUCAUUGUCCAAUGCCCUUCUCAAAAUAACACCAAAAGCAAGCUUGGUAAGAGCAAGAGAGAAGGGUUUUUCAGUAAUGACAUCCAAGCAAAUCAAUGCCGCCACACACACACACACACACACACUCUCUCAAUAAUAAUCUGAAGUCUUUAACAGUUUCUGUUUUUGCAUGCUUAUCUGCUGGUUGUCUUGUAUACAUUUAUUGAUAUUUUGCUAAGAUGUUUCCAACAAGUUCCUCUUUCCUGAUCCUGUCAAAUCAUUCUCUGUGUAUGUACUGAGAAAUAAGACAAAAUUUCCAAUUAUAAGUGUAUAAAAUUGCAGUCUGUAUUUAUAAACAUCUUAGAUAUUAAAUAUAGAUUAGGCUGUUUUUACUGCCCAGCAAGUCCAUCUUAAUCAUGUUCUUUUAAAAGUUUCAUCUCUUGACAUAUUUUUUGUGAUCCAUCUGCACUAUCAGCUUCAGCAUCACAUUCAUCAAUAUCUUUCAGAUGUUCAGAAUAUAAAAAUAGGAUAAUAAAACUAUCAUGUUGUUUCCCACAGUCCAAGGAGAAAAGGCUGCCAUUGCAAUCACUGUCCUCCUUAAAAGCUAAUCUAUUACAACACAAUCAAAGUCAGAGCUCUGCUUUCUCUACCAUUCCAAAAUUUCUGCAAGAAGAAGAGGAAACAGUAGAGCUAAAUGGAGAAGUAACACACUUGCAGGUAUUCAAGUUUCCUUUGAUGCUAGUUUCUUGAUAUAAUGCAACAUGAAUUAGAAUAAUAGUAUAUAACACAUAUAUUUGUUCUUCUGAUCUGCAUAGAUGUCAGCUCUGUUGCAUGGAAGACAUCUUUUUUUUAAAAAAAAAAUCCUGAUAUGAUACCUAUAAUAAUAAAAGAAGGUUCUCACUACCUCCAUAUAUAUGCUUAUAAGCCAAUUUAUGUCUUGGGACUCCUAGCUUGGCUUGUGAUGGCAAUUUCACUUUUGUUCUAAGUACAAAUAUGCCCUUUAUUUUCUUGAAUGCAUGUCAAACCAUUAUAUACUUCACAUCACCAACAAGACAAGAAACCUACCCUUCACCUCAUUUUGAGUUAUCAGCCUCCAUCUCAUAUAAUUGAUUUAUCUUGUUAAUUGAUGGGUAUUAUGGAAUAAUAGCUAUUGUAGCCAUCUGAAUUAUGCUCAGGAUUAGACCCAUUGAAAUUAAUAGAUCUGUCAUGUCCAUUAAUUUUAAUUGGUCUACUCUAAGUAGAACUACUGUGAGAUGCAACCAUGAAUCCCUGAUAUGUUCACAAAGCAAAUACUAAUGGCUAGGGUGCAAACAGUUCCCCAUUCCAUGGCAAAGUCUGUAAUGUGGAACUGUAUGUGCCCCAGACACUGGGAUUGCUUUGUUCUGGUGAAAUGAUUGCAGUUGUUUUGAGUUUGGUUUGACAUGUAUCUGCAGCCUAGCUGUUAAGGUUUAGUUUGCAUUGGGAAAAAUCUAUGGAUCCUCAUCCAUCUCUAUACAAUACAAGACAUGUCAAAAGGCACCAUAACAGUAGCCUGGAUUAUACGUUAAGUUUUACAUUGAGUGACACAGCUCCACAUAUUUAUUGCACAACUAGUACCUGUGAAACAGUUCCCAGAACAAUUAUGUGGGGUUCUUCUUUAUAUAAAUGUGUGAUAAAAUUCACAUGUAUCAGAUAAUGAGUAAUGUUAUCUUCAAUUUAGGAUUAUGAAGAAGAAUCGGAUUGUGACAAGUUGUUUCAGAGUCAUUCCUUUAUUUUGGGAAGCCAAAAAGGAGAUACUUUUGUAACUGAUGAAGGCCAGUUGGAAUUUGCAUCCAUGUUUGACACCAUUCACGCAAUGGAUGCAACAGGAGAAGAAGAUGACACAGCUUUGGAACUGAACCAUAUCCAAAAAAAUCUAAUUGCAGCUUGGAGAGUAGGGAUUUCAAGAAACAUGCAAGAAAGAGACACUUUGUUAAAUUGUACCAUACGUUGCAUUAUAUACUUUUUUAACAUUCUCCAGUAUGCAAAACUUAAUGUUGCACAUUUAGAUCACCCUGUCCGGAAUUGUACCUGGAUACAGUCAGUGUUAAAAUGUUUCCAGCAAUUUUUGUCUCUUCUAAGUUGGGAUGGUAAGCAUAGACAAAUUCUGGGACAUUUGAUGAAGCUCACAUUGCAAACCCUAAAGCUGAUGCUUGUGGAACAACAAAACCAACUGUUCUCCAAUAAUCUUUUGGGAGGCUUCUCUCUGCUGAAGAUGGUUACUCAUUUUUUAAAUGGCAAGAACGCACCUCAGUAUGAGAUACUUCCAGCAGCCCCGGAUGUUAAUAAUCAGGUGGAGUUUGAUUCCAUAAUUGUGUCUGUGUUUCAAGCUAUAGAUUGGAGCAGCCACCAACAUUUCUGUGCAUUGAAUUACAUAUUGAAGCUCUCUCCUCCAGCUGUAAACCUGUCCAGUAAUUCAGAAAAGAGGUAUUUAUUAUCUGUUUGAAAACUUAUUUUUAUAAUUUGUAAUUGUAUUUGUAUAUUUUUAAAAAUUUGUCUUGAAUGAAAGAAAUAGACAUUAUUGGCUUACUUGAAUUCUGAACAAAAUAAGAAGACUGCAAUGGCCAGAUUUUUUUUUAAAAGGUAAGGUGUUUUAGGUGUGGUUUACAUGUACCAAUCAAAUAUAACAUUUUUUUUUUAACAAUUGGUCUUCAUGCUGUGUUAUAACUCUCCCCUCAUCUCAUUCAAAGCUGCUGCUCAAAAGAAUCUGUGUUCGUCCUUUAUUGGGCUCAGAAUUAGUUCCAUGGUUCUUUGGAUCCCAACCAUUGUGCUGUGUUGCAUAAAAUGGGAGUUGCAAAAUAUAUUAUUUCCUUUGUUUAUUCAGUUUCUUUCCUACUCCUUUCCAGGGUCUUGGGUAGCUAUUGCAAUUAAAAUAAAACACCCAAUCAAAUUAAAAGAUAUCACAUACAGUAUGUGCUAGUCAUUGACUGCCAUUCUAAGAGGGAUAGUUCUAAAGCUUUUUUGCGACAUUGUGUGAUAUUAGACUUUGCUGGAUUUCUAAGGGAUGGGAGAGGAGUUUUUUCAUAGGAUCUUAAAAGUUCUUACUUAGGCUUAAAUGGUCAAAGUGAAAAUUCAAAAAGUUGCACCCACCAUACAUAUGCCAUUAUUAAUUAUUACUUGGAUAAUAGCUUCCUUAUCUGGCUUUUAGUUAAAUAGGCUACAGUUGUGAGUGGUAUCCAACCUUACAAGAGAUUACUUUAUGGUUAAGGAAAAAUGUUGCAGAUACAAUGUAAUUAAUGUUUAAGUAGACUUUUUGUGUGUCCUUUACCUAAACAUUAACACCUCAGAAAUCCACAUUCUAUAGAAGUUUAGUGUUAUUGAGUUAAUAAGUUGCUUUGUAACUUUUAUCUAUCUUGAUCAUAGUAAAUUUAUGUACAGUAUAUUUAGCAGGGAAAUCUUGAGAGUUAAUUUUUUCACCACAACUAGUAAUAAUAAAUUCAACAGAAGGUAAAUAAAAGUAGUGAUAAUUGUGAUAAUGCACUGAAGUAUCUGAUAGGCUUAAUUCACUGAUUUACUAGCUUAAUUCACUGAUAAGUGAAUUAAAACAUAAUCUGAAGUUUUAAGGCAUUAUUUCCUAGCAUAUUAGCAUCACUAAUUUUCUCUGAUCUGACUUUUGCUGUAAAUAUUUGAUUCUUUUUCAACUUCAGGGUAAUUGUAAUGUGGCAACUGUUAUAUAAGCAUGUUCUUUGGUACUGGACACAGUUAAGGAGAAAAGCGCAUAAGUCAAGCAAGCCAGUAACUGAAAUACAAAUUACGUAUGAAGGACCAACCGUUGAAGCACUGGCAAGUCAUACACAGGCAAUUUUACAGUCUUCGGGAGAAAGAUUAGAACGAAUACUGAAACUCAACUCUGUGAUUGGUUAGUAUCAUGCAGAACACUGUGAUCAGUUGAUUUUUGUAACAGUGGACAAUUUCCUAAGCUUCAAUUUUGAUACUAUUCUUCUGCAAUAAUAAUGAGUGGGACAAAAAGUCAGCUCCAUAUUUUAUUAAUUUUGUAAUUGCACAUAUGUUUCAGUAUGUCAAUUAAAUUAGCAUUUAGAGUUUGCUUAGCCAAUAGCUGGGAAGCAUUACAUUGUUGUGAUACAUAACGGAAGUGACCUUCCAUUUUGAACCUUCAGAUGGUUUAUCCUGGUUGGGUAAAGAUGUCCAUGCUGCUUUGAAGAUGCAAUAAUUUUACUUAUCUUAAAGAAAGCAAUUUAGAUUUUACUGACAUUAACAGUUAUUGUCCAGUAUCAAGUUUCUUAGCAAGGUACUUGAAAAGGUGGUGGCAUUUCAAGUCUAGAGAGUGUGGCAUGAUACUGAAUUCUUCAUUCUGUUUCAGCUCAGUUUGCAGCUGCCUCCAUCACCCUAGUGUGUCCCUUUUGGUUCUCCUGGAACCAAUGAUUUUCAAUACCAUUGACCAUUGUAUGCUUCUGAGUUGCUUUGCCAGAGUAAGAGUUGGGGCAAGGAUGUUACAGUGCUCUGAUCCAUUCUGGGGGAGCAUGUCCAGAAGGUGGUGCUGGAAGACUUCUCUGUCCCUUAGCUGCAGGGUUUUUUUUUAUCUUGCUCCUUAUACAUUUUAACAUCUGCAUAAAACUGCUUGGAAGGGUCACCUGGUGUUUGUGCCAAGCUGUUGCUAUUAUGCAAAUGACACACCGCUAUGACAUGUUUUAGUGAACUAAUCCUGGGGAGGUUGUGUAAUCCCUGAAUUGAUUUCUGGAGGCAGUUCUGAUUUCAAUAAGGGUAAAUAAGAUGAAUCUUAAUAAAGAUUGUAUUUUACAUUUUCUUUAGCUUUUAUUUGUAGUUUACACAUUUUAUUGUAAUUAUUUUACCUGUUGCUAGAAACUGCUUGGUAGGGACAUUGUCCCAAACAUUUCUAAUUAACUAAUAAACCUAAUUAAUUAGAAACAUGUCUAAUUAAUAAAUAACAAAAUUUCUGGUCUAGACACCUGACAAUUUAAAAUUUGUUUCCUUUCUCCAAAAAUAUCCUGUGCUUGUAAUAAUAUGUUUUACAGUCUGCAGCUGAAGGUAGCAUUGAACAUUGUGGCAGUUUUAUGAUGCUUUUUUAUUCAUCCAACUCCCUUGCCAAUUCUGCCUACCCCUCACCAAAUCCUCCACCCUCUUGGAUCUUGCCAAACCCACCUACUCCCUUUAGAGCUCUGCAGACCACUCUCCCCUCCCCUCCAGCUCCCUUGGAAGAGUUCCUCUGCAGCUCACUGGGGCCUUCAUGCUACAUCCAUUUCUCUCUUCUCUUUCAUCCACACCCUCCAGUGCGGAGGCUGAAAUGCUGUCAUCACUGUGAGGUGGACAGCAGCAGAGUAGGAUAGUUGCUUGGGAGCUGCCCUAGACUAUCCUGAGUAUUCCUCCCUGGAUUGUUUGUCCGUUUGAUUCUGUCUCUCUUCCACCUUGAGACAAGACACUCUCCAAUGCUGCUGUCAUGGUCCAGCAGCUCUCAGUAGUCUGACAUCACAUUAGUUAGCAGCAGCGUCCUUCAGCAGUCAAGUGAACAGCUGUGUGACAACAGCCUUACUCUUUUACUGUAUGUUAAGAAAUGUAUUGACUAUUGGCUGAAAUUUAUUUAUUUAUUUAGGUGAAGAGCAAUUUCUAAUAGGGUCUUAUAAAGAAUCAGUGGAGGCAUGGGAGAGAGCUCUUCAAGAAAUAAAAGGAAAAGGUAAGAUAAUAAGAAACUCUAAGCUUAUUCUCACUGGAAAAGUGUUCUAGAGAAAGCGUAAUAAAUUGUGCAGUGGACAUUUAUUUUCUUCUAUACAUUGGCAUAAACGUAUGGAAGAAAAUUUCUAUACAUUUUAAAACCUAAAACGGUCGUUUUUAGAGACCUGCCUUUUUCAUAAGUCUACUGAGUGGCAACUCCUCUGCCAAGCCCUCUGCUUAGAGAACACUAUUCCCAAAGAGGUUUGCCUGGCAUGCACAUUAACAUCCCUUUGGGGUCAAGUGAAGACCUUUCUGUUCUCUCCAGCCUUCAGUUAGUAAUAUAUUCCUACUGCUGGAGUUUUUAGUUUGUUGAUUCUUAUAUUAAUCAUGCUUAGAUGUUUGGGAAAGAUGGAUUUUUGCUUUUAGGUUUGAUCGCUUUUAGUCUAGUUGAUUGUUGGUACUUUUAUAUUUGUAUAAUAAUAAUAAUAAUAAUAAUAAUAACAACAACAACAAUAAUAAUAAUAAUUUAUUAGUUAUACCCCGCCCAUCUGGCUGAGUUUCCCCAGCCACUCUGGGCGGCUCCCAAUCAAGUGUUAAAAACAGUACAGCAUUAAAUAUUAAAAACUUCCCUGAACAGGGCUGCCUUCAGAUGUCUUUUAAAGAUAGGAUAGCUGCUUAUUUCCUUCACAUCUGAAGGGAGGGUGUUCCACAGGGUGGGCGCCACUACUGAGAAGGCCCUCUGUCUGGUUCCCUGUAACCGCACUUCUCUCAAUGAGGGAACCGCCAGAUGGCCCUCGGCGCUGGAUCUCGGUGUCCGGGCUGAACGAUGGGGGUAGAGACGCUCCUUCAGGUAUACAGGACCAAGGUAUACGUAAUCUGUUGCUAAAGAAUUCUUUGUGCUUCUUGUAAGUUGCCUAGAGACCUUGGUAUAAGAUGACAAGUGAGUCAAAAACAUUUGUAUCUGGGUUUUAACUUUUUGAAAAAUGGCAACCCUAGUUUACAGUGUUAAGAGUAGAACUGGGAAGAUUCAUAUUCAAAUGUCCACUCAACCACAAAGCUUCAUAUGUGAUGUUUAUCACCUUAGCAUUCAUUACAGAGUUGUUGUUUGGAGAGGGAUCCCACAUACAUCAUUCUGAGCUUCUUGGAGGAAGGCUGGGAUAUAAAUGCAAUAAAUUAAAGCAAAUGUUAGGUUUGACCAUUGCAUUUCUUCUGUCACAGUAACUGGAGAACCUUCACCUUUUCAACUUCUCUUUGCUUUGUGUCUUUUGAAGUACUGGAGUUGAAGAGCAUUAUUCAAACAAUAUGGACCCAUUCCUGUUUGAAUUACUGUUAAUAGUAACCAUGAAAAAAAAUUCAAUGGAGUUAGUUUUGGUCCUGUAUAAUCCUAUUCACCUUAUUUGUUCCUUCUGUAUGUGAUAGUACAUCUGUGGGUGGGUGAGGAGAGCUUAGUACACUCAUAUAGGUUGGGUUUAUUUUUCAUUACAUCCCCAGGCUUUAUAUUUUUAACUGGAUAAUUAUUUUGCUUUUUAAUACAGGAGGCAAGAGAAUACCUUUUCUUCAAACUCGAUAUUAUCUUGCUAUAUUAUAUUGCCAUCUAUAUCACUACAAUGUAAAUGAGGCUCAGGGUCUGUGCGAUCAUCUAGUGAGCGAGCUUCUAAAACGAACUCAAAUAUCUGAAAGGGAUGAUGUGUCAGGUAUGUGAAUGUGGAAUAUCCUAGUAUAGUUAAAUGAAUGAUGUGUAACAUAAUUUGUCAUUUUAUCCCAUUAUUUAAAACUUUAAUAUUAUUGCAAUAGAGUGGUUUUUUGUUGUUUUAUAGUGAUUAUAGAAUUUAUAUUUAAGACUUGACUAAGCAUCUGUUAGUUGCUUAAUUUUUAAAAGUCCCUUUAAGAAUUCUUUAUCUAUUUUAAAUAUAUAUUUCCCUCAGAAUUGUAGAAGUAUGGUGACAAACAGCUGUCUUUUAUAGUUAGCAAGCUGGUUAAAAGAUCAGAUUUUAAAGUCCCAUUAGUUUGAAUGAGAUAUUGUCCUUCAAGCUUAAUAUCUGGCUGUGAUUUAAUAACACUAUAGUUUGGUGUAAUCAAGUACAGUGUAAUGUUGCAAUCAUAUAUGCACUUUUUUGAAAGUAAGUCCUGUUGGACUUAGUGGGACUUGUACCUCAGUAAAUAAAUGUAAGAUUGCACAGUUAAUCAGGUUUUAUUGUUAUUGAAUUCUUACUAAAGGAAUUCUACAGAGUGAAGCUUACGUAUGAGUUGUCAUCAUGCAGGAAGGCAAAGUUGAUGUACAAAAGAGGCUUCUAGGGUUUUAUUUUGGAAAGACCAAAUAAUUCUUUCAGCACAAUAUGUAAUGUACCUUUGCCUUAAGUAGCAAUGAGGGUUGAUAGGCUUGAAUUUAUCAGCUAUAUCUUUUUAUUUCUAUAGCAGAUAUUUUGUUUAUGUAAGACGCUUUAAACUCUUUUAGGUGCUGAGCAGAUGAUAACAGAUGUUCAUACUGAAGCUAUAUUAGCAGUGGUUCAGUCUCUGGCACGAUUCAUGGCAGCUUACUUCACUAAUGAACCACUUUAUGUGCUUCCUCCACAUAAUGUUGAUGUUUUACCCCCGCUUCAUAUCAGACAAGGUAUUCUGUUAAUGCUGUCACAUGUUCUGGUUUACUAUCAUCCAGACAGAGUUAGGAUUUCAAAGCCCCAUUGAUGUUAGUGGGAGAAGACUUUUCCUCAAAACUUCAUAUCUGCCAUUUUUAUAUUAGUUUAGAGUCUCUUGUCUCAGGCUCAUUUUAGAAAAAUCUCUAACCUCCCCCCCACACACACACACAUUGGAGUGAUAAUCCUUCCUUCUCUUAUCUUGUGUAAUUUUUUGAGUGAAGAUUGACUUUCCUUUAUGAAUGCAUUUCUCAUUAUGAGUUUUUGAUGUGCAUUCACAUUUCUGUUCUAGCACAAACAAUUAAACAUAAGUGGGGAAAGGGAAGAACAGCAAAAAUCAAGAGUCAUGGUAAUUCCCACAAAAAGCAUGGUCUGAAUGAUACAUUGCAUUAUGAAGACUGUAAUUCACACUUAUUUGCGAGUAAUUCAAUUGGAACUCAGGGGAUUUUCCACUUAAAGAUGUGUAGAACUCAUUUGGAAAUCAUACAGGAAGCAGUUAACAACAAAGCAAACAUAGCUAACUAAUAAACUUCCUUUGUAUCUUAGACAGGUGUCUUCGUAUUGUCCCACUACAGCACCCCAUAGUCACCAAUGCAGUUAGGGACCAUGGUCUCUCGUGUGUCUGGACAGUUGAAUAUGCUCUUGAUUUGUUGCUUGUUGGUGGACUAAUUCCGGAAGCUGUGUGGCUAGCACAUAAACUUGGAGACUGGAAAAUGGCUGUUUCAGUUGGGGUGGCUUAUCAACUGUAUUGUCAAAGUAGCAGUGGCUUCCCAACGUAAGUUGUGUGUGUAUAAAUUACAGAACUGCAUGCUGCAGUGUUAUUUUGCUUAUGAACAUAUAAUAUCUACUAUUUACAAUAAAAUUAACUGAAUGCCUUUAUAUCUAUCUUUUAUUAUUCCUAUUUUUGUAAAAGAAAAAAGAUGACAUUGUCUUGUGUUGGUGAUUUGGACAAUAGUAGUUUGGAAAAAGAUAUGCUCUUUGCUCCUUUGACUCCUGCCCUCAACCUGAUUCUUUCACAUAGAGAUAAGGAGGGCUCUGCAAGGAAUGCAGUAUUAUUGGGUGGUGGAAUGAUUAGGACAGAUAAUUUACAUCUAUUAACUGAAAGGCAUAGUUCCCAGGAGUGCCAUAUAAACAUAGCUUGAUAAUGACAGUGGUGUCUUCCAUUCUAUAAUUCCAGUGGUGGUGCAUCUAGCUGAUAGCUGCAGUAGUUGUAACAUGAUAGCUGCAGUAAUUGUAACAUAAGGUUACCAGAUUUUUUUCAAUGAAUCCGGGGACACUUCUCAACUUCAAUGGAUUUUGUAUGGGGACUCAUUUGUAAAUCCGAGGACUGUCCCCAGGAAAUAGGAAUGUCUGGUAACCUUAUUGUAACAUCAGUUGAGCAAAGCAAUCGUUAGCCUUCUGGUCACCAAUUAUGAAGUAUCUGUGUCCACCAUUUGAAAGUAUCAAAAAUACCAAGUGGGAAAGAACUGGUCCUAAAGCCCUUCAGAUCAUUACACAAUACAGAUGUUCUCUGUGCCUAUCAUACUUUUUGAAUUGUCACUGUACUUCCAUAGAUCCCAUAUAUAACUGCACAGAAGUCAUUCAGAGAGCAACAGUUAGAGACAAGCUAAUCUCUUUUUCUUGAUUCACUCUCAGGUCACAAAAAGUAGAAUUCUGCAUGCCAUUACACUUGACUCCAACACAAAUCUUUCAAGAAAAAUUACAAUCUUUUUUGGGCAAGCCAAUCAACAGUGAAACAUCAAAUGAAGGAGACCCCAAAUGCAAACAGUUCACAGGUGUGCAAUUUAUACAUCUGAGUUCAUUUUCUUGAAGUUGUUUUUUAACACAUUUGUGGAAAUGGUGUGAUUUCAUGCAGUUAUCCACCCUUUUCCAUGAUCAGGGAAUGACCAGAGAUGCUAGGCCAGAGAUGCUAAUGUGAAUGCCAUUUGUUUAAUUAUCUGUUCAGAGUUUCUGCAUGUCCAUGUUAUUCCUUUACACUCUUCUGCAUUUUUUAUAUGAACUAUGAUUCAAUUCUCAUUUAGAUGGGAGAUCUGUGUUUGGACUCUAGUAUGCCAGUCUUCAUGUGUGACUCACAUAGCUGUAUGGAAGAAAGGCUCUAGCCUAGCCAAAACAAUUAUAUGAAGUAGCCUCUACUUGUAAAGUUUUUUCACCUCAAUAGGUUGCAAUUUGGUAAAUCUGUGUGCAAACAAGAGUACCAUGCACAUACUCAGAGAUUGCCUCAUGCAUGUGUAUAGAACUUUGUAAGAUAGCAGUAGGCCUGAGAGAUAUAUUGAUGGCAUGGUGCCCACAGUCUUGAAAGAAGCAAUACUCUGUCCACUCAUUGAAAAGCCAGCACUGGACCCAAUGGAAUGCAGCAGCUGUCAACAACUUGCUAACACUCCAUUUUGGAAUAAGGUGGUGGAGAGGGUCAUGGCAGAGCAUCUAUCUACAGAUGUUUCUGGAGGAAGCAAAUUGUCUAGAAUAGAUCCAUUUCAUUCUGGGUUCAGGCUCAGAUUUUGGACUGAAUCAUCAUUGGUUGCCCUGAGGAAUUACCUUCAUCAGGAGAGAGAUGAGACAAGAGGAGUAUGACUGUCUCUUCUACCUGAGCUUUUGAUACCAUUAACCACAGUAUCCUGCUGGAACAUUUGGGGCAUUGUGUCACCUUGGUUUUCAUCCUACUUGCAAACUCAUGUCCAGAGAUUAGUAUUAGCAAACUGCUCUUUGAGCCCCUGGUGGUUAUGUUUUAGGGUCCCAUAGAGCACUAUUCCCCCCAGUGCUAUUCAGCAUUGAUUGGAAGCAUUAUUAAUGCAUUUGCUUUAUUACUUCCUCUGCUGUCUGUCUUUAGAUCCUAUUGAAGAGGAAGAUGUAAAUGUAAUUUUUAGUUCAAUAGAAGAAAUACUGAAAGCAGCUGUUAUGGCAGAAACAGACAUACUGUCAGGGACAUUUCAACUUUUGGUGGACUCUGCCAAGGACCUGAGCAGAAAGUUUUGUGGUUUGGUGCCUGAUGGCUUAUAUCUUCCUGCACCACCCUUGUAUUGUCCUCAACCAUCAUUUCCUGGUGAAGUAAGUAUAUUUGGAAGCUAUUUGAUUUCUUCUUCUACUUUGUCUACACUUGACCUGAAUUAGAUGUUUCUUUUGCUUUUGGAUUUUGAAACCAUCCUGCUUUGGGGGGGGGGUGUUUUGGGGGGAGUCCAUUAAGCGUUUCUUAGAAUUCCAGCCAUAAAUAUAGAAAAGGGGUUAGGGUGGAGAUAAUUGAGUGGAGAAUCUGCAUUGUACUUGUCAUUUUCAUUGUUCAUUGUCAUACCCUUUAUCCCCUUUUAAUUUUGCAAUAUUUAGGAAGAACACAUCGAUUUAGCAUUAAGAAUGGAGAGAGUUUGUCGGCAGAAGGUAUCUGGAGUUGUUCAGCGAAUUCUUCUCCUUUUUCGGGCAGCACACUGUUCUUUCCCUGCUGCUCAGUGGUAUAUUGUGCAGCUGAAACGGGCACGGAAAAUAAUGCAAAAGGUAUACUGAUGAAAGUGCUUUAAACUUUUCUUAUAACUGAUAAUAACUAACUUUUGUCGGCUGCUAAAUAUGGUUGUGAUUUUUUAUUGAUUUUAUUCUUUUUUGUAAGCCACUUUACGUGGUGAAUAAAUUUUAUGAAAUAAGUAUAAGGUGGGAUCUAUAAAAUGCACCUCAAGUGUCAAUAGGCAGGGUAAAGAGGUGCAGAUUUAGCAUUUGAUGGAAGGAGUAUAAUGAAGUGCCAGAUGCACCUCUGUGGGGAGUGAGUUCCACAGCUUAGGGGCCACCACAGAAAAUGCCCUCUCCCGGGCUGCCAGCCCUCAAGCCUCUGAGGGCAGAGAAAGUACCAAGUGGGCCCCCUCUGCCAAUCUCAGCACUCAAGAGGGUCUGUAGGGAGGGAGGCAAGUCUUUCAGAUAUUUGGGGUUUUGAAUCUUGGUUGGAAAGGGGGGACAUGUAAUAAAAAGGAGAAUUCCUGGUUGCCUAGAUCCAGGUUUGGGGCAAGAACUCUUUGGUGUGAGAACCCCAGCAAAGAUUUAAAAAUAAAAUAUGCAACAAAGUAAAUAUGUAAUUAUAGACUGUUAGACCUUUAAAAUAUCCCCUUCUAAGUUGCUUCCAAAGUUCCUCUCUUUCCUUAGCUUAGAAAGAGACCACACGUUUGGUAAGUAAAAAAUGGCUUACAGUGGAACCUCGGGUUGCGAACGUGAUCUGUGCGGGAGGCAUGUUCGCAACCCGCAGCACUGUGUCUGCGUACUCGCGUAAUGCAGUUCAGCACUUCUGCAAAGCAUGAUUUAGCGCUUCUGUGCAUGCGCGAGUGCCGAAACCUAGAAGUAACCCGUUCUGGUACUUCCGGGUUCGGCACAGUCCGUAACCCAAAAACACGCAACCCAAGGUAUGACUGUACUUACAAAUUAUUCAAAGGUCAGAUUCAUGUGCUUGUCCAUAUAGCAUUAAGAAAAGACAAAAUAUAGAUUCAAAAGUGAUGAAUGUUUCUAAAAUAUUUGCAUAGAAACACAAAGAUGGUUUUGUAGAAAACCAUGCAGUCUGAGCUUGCAGCAGCCAGCCCAGACCAAUUUACAUGUCAGAGUUCACAUGGUAGAGUGAUGGGGGAACGAAAAGCUUAAUAAACCUUGAUAACUUUUCCUCCCAAGGUAUGGGGGAGUGACUUAACUAAGCCAGGCAGGACAGCAUACUCUUCAUACAGUACCCCUUCAUUCAUUCAUUAAAUGUAAGCAAGUUGGUAAUAUGAGGCUGAUUAUCUCAUAAAUCCCUUCCCAGGCAAAUAUAACAAUUGCAUGUAAAUUAAUGAACCACCCAGAAUCCCAUCUUGACGAGAAGGUUCUUGAAACUCUCCUGGUAGGGGCUUGGUGAGAAUGUCAGCUUUCAUUUCUUAGGUUUGACAGUGUGCCAAUUCAACAAGUUCAUCUUAUAUCACCUGACUCACAUAGUGGUAUUUCAUCCUAAUAAUGUGUUUAGUUCUUGCAUGAAACUUCUUGCUCUGAGAUAAUUUUGAAUAGCUUUGGAUGUGCUCCAUCAAUCAGACAGGUUUCUCCCCAAACAACCCAAAGUCCAUAGUCUGUUGGUCAAUCCAGACCAGUUUUCUGCAUGCCUCUGUUGCAGCUGUGUACUCUGACUCUGUGGCAGAAAAAGCUACAGUAAACAAGACCCAGUAAACAAGACCAUUUUCAAACAUAAAGAGAAAGCCACCUGUUGAUUUGUAAUCCUUUAUGUCUCUGGCCUAGUCAGCAUCCAUGUAACCUAGAUGAAAAUGCUUCUUUAGGGACAUGUAACAAUGUCCAGACGUCCCAGAAAUGAGAACUUGGGACACAUAACACCUCUGUCUUUUCAGGAACACUUGUUUAUCUAAAUUGUUCUCUUGUAACCUUUUCCUUUUUUCCGCUCUUUCAGAUUCGCAAGAAAGGUGCUCUUCCCUCAUUAAGUGCUCUUCCAGAAAAUUUGCUUAAUUAUUCUAAAUGUCAUACGGUGUUCUUAAGGCCUACAUCUUCUGGUGAUCAUGGACUUGACAGUGUUUCGUGUAAAACUAUAGGUUUGUAUCUAGAGAAAAGUGCACAGAUGCUGUAAAUUGUUGAAAUGGAGUAAAAGGUCAAGUUGGAGUGGCAAUGCCUAUUCACAAUGGUCCUUUUGAAACACCCACCCUUCGUUCUGAAGGUAUUUGUCUACUAGUUUAGCCAAUGAACCUAGAAGAUAGCAAAGACCCUUUGUUCCAGCUCCUUGCCAUUUUACUGAUCACUUACUGUGAAAGCUACCUUUGUUCUCCUAAGACUUGAAAAUGAUGUGCUAAAUAUAAUAUUUGACCUGUUGUUGAAAAGGGUAUAAAAACGAAGAGUCAGAUUCUCAGCUCUAGUUCUUUUCAUGUUGACUCUCAAUCAGUAGACAGGUCUGUCUACUAGAAGUACUUUAAGGGUGUAUUCAUCAAAGUUAGAAGGAACCUCUUGCAAAGCAUAGCCAGUUCAGUCCCCACAUGUAAAGAAUCAUUUUUUCUUUUGGGGGCUUUUAUGUCAUGAAACAGUGCUGAACAGAAGUUCAUGAAGCUUCCUGAAGACAUCUAAAGUGAAUGUAGUCUGAUCAAUGUGAAUUUUGCAGAAAAACAUUUGGAUUUCCUCUCCCUUAAUGAAAUGCCACAAAAUUGUAUUCCAACAUGAAUGCACCAUUAUAAGCUAUUUUAAGCCAUUAUAAGUAGGCUAAUUUAAUUUACCCCAAAUCUGGGAAUGUGGUCAGAUUUAUUUAAGAACCUGGAAGGUGCAAUGGACCACUUUAUCACCUAAAUCAUUGUUUCCCUUUUAUGUACUAAUCCUGUCUUUCCCCCCAGGAAAGUCUAUCAAAUAUUACUUGCCCAUAGGAUGAGGAAUAUGCUUCUUAAAAAUUAGUAUUUCCAAUUGAAGCUUAUUGACAAAACAUGCUGCUACAACAGUCUGUGAGCAAAUAUCAUUUUUUAAAACCAACAUUUUUUUAGAUACUGCCACUUAUAAGUUAAUGAUUUUUAGUGAAAAUGUUGAUAAUUUAUAUUUAUUUUACAACAUUCUUGUUCUCUUGCUUGAUCAAGAUUUUAUCUCUCUGGCUUGCUCUCACAGCAUGCUUUAGAGAACUAUGCGCAUUGUGUUGGAUGUUUCAUGUUCGUGAAAGAUUAUCUGACAGUUGCAGACGGUACCAAACUGCAAGAGAGAAUUUGGAAAAUCAGAAGGUAAUAUUAAUAGCAUAGAACUUUAACAUCAUAGGCAACCAUACUGUCAUCUUUCCAUUGCUCUUAAAUGGCCAUCUUAUAAAUGACAUGUUUGUGCUCAAAAAAACAGCCAAGACUGAGGCUCACAAUAUAGAUACAAUGCAGACGUCUUAGUUUUAGCCCAGAUCCACCCCACUCACUUAUAAAAUGGGUGCAUGUGUCCAGUUUUAAAAGCCAAAGCAGAGUUUGUAGCAGUGCUGAACUCUGUCCACAGCCUGCAUUCUCAGGCAUACUUAGGAAGCUGCCUUACGCUGAGUGAAACCAGUAGUCCAUCUAGCUCACUAUUGUCAGUAGUCUCUUACAAUCCUACCUGGAGAUGCUGAGGAUUGAACCUAGCACCUUCUGCAUUCAAAGUAGAUGUUAUUCCCCUGAGCUAUAGGCCUUCCUCUAAAAUUUCUGGGGGGGCGGGGACGGAUAUAGAAGCAGCAGAAUUGAAUAAAGUCUCCCAAGUCUUCACACAUGUCCUCUGUUUACCUGGGGCUUGCCAGGUGAGAAGCUGCACACAUCUCUGAAGGACCCAAAAGAAACAGAGAACAUGUUCAUGUAUCUUCCAGUUGAACUUGCUUCUAGUGUUGAGUAUCAUCUGGGGGGAAAUGUGGAGGAAGGGAAGGUUGUGGAGGGGGAGAGUUUAGUUUUCUCAACCUAUGCUCUCCUUUUUGCUCCUAAAGUUGGGACUUGGACCCAAUUCCAUAUUUUAUAUGUUAUUGGGACAUACCUAGGUUUAAACAAACAGAUCUGCUGCCAUCACAGGUAGUUUGAGACUUUUACACCUAUUGCUUUGUGUUAUUUCUUUAGGAAUGUAAGACAACUGAAUUUGAUGCCUGUAUAGUUGAACACUCUUUCAGUGCAUUGGAGUGGGCUUGCCGAAUGCUGCCUUUUGCUAGGUUCAUGAAUGUUGAAGAACUUGUACAGGAUAUAAUUUUAAGCCUUACUGGAGAAUUGCCACCAACCAAAAAGGUAAUAUUAUCUAGAUCAGAAAUUAUAGGGGAUUACAGAGUUUAGCUUCCUUUAUUAAUAUUUUCUUUUUCAUGUUUGUUGUUGUGUGUAGAUCUUCCAGAACCUAUGUUAAUUAGCUUAAAAUUAUCUUGACAUUGUUCUUUUGUACAGGUGGCAGAAAUUUUGGUGAAAGCAUUUCCAAACCCUGAUGAUGUAAGAGUCCCAUUAAGAGAUAAAUAUAAUGCUCUGCACCAGCGACUUAGACACUGCGUAGUCAAAGGUACCAUUAGUGGUGAUGAAAACAAAGUGGACAACUAACUUGUCAGCAUUUUCUUAAAAAAAAAACAAAAAACAACACAAAGCAAACCAAAAUACCACCCCUUAGAAAGUGGUGGAAUGUUCAAAGGGUGGAAAUGUUCAAAGGGUCAUAUGUUAUUUGAAAGGCAUUUUGUAUGUAUAUACUGUAGUCUCUGUAGAAAAAGCAUAGUAACAAAUCUCAUGUCUCUUUGAUUAGGUCCCAACAAUGAAGAAAUAAUGUCUGUUGUAAUACAGGCUUCGCACAAAGUGAAUAUGAAAACAUUAAAGCGUGUGAUAAGGAACAUAGGACCCCAUCAAAGAAGCAUCUGGGAGCCACCAGAAGAGGAGACACAAGAUCCUGAAGCUUAUUGCUAUGAUAGAUUUUCUUUGGGAACUAGUCUAAGCCGAAGCACAAUUUCAGAUCUGGGAAACUCUCAGGUUUAUAGUGAUGCUGAAACAGCGGACUCAAUCUCAGAAGCUUUGAUGUUGGAAGAAACAAGAAGGCACGUUUCUUCUCAGACGCAAGAACAUCACAAGUAUGAGUUUAUGAUAUUGCUGAAUAUAGUUCAUUUCACCUUCCAGCCCUUCAUAGCAAGUUAAUACUUGGGCAGUCGAGAAAAGUCCAAUGUAACUGCUCCGCAUGCUUAAUUGGAAAUAAGCUACACUGUAUUCAGUGGAGUAUAUUCCCGGGUAGGGGUGCAUUGGAUAGUAACAAGCAAUUCUGCUUCUGUAGCUCCAUCAGUGUCUGGGAACUACAUGGAAACUCAGCAGAGUAGUAGUAGUAGUAACUAUUAUUUAUUUAUUUAUUUUAUUUUAUUUUAUUUUAUUUUAUUUGUAGCCUGCCCAACAUUGUGUGAGUCUACUGUCAGCCUCCAUUGAUUGAAAAAUGUUGUUUCCCUACCAGGAAGACAUUAAAAAAAUGUUUUGAAAUGAUCAUAUUAAGGUAUAAUUAAUAAUCCUUUCAGUUUCAGUUAACAAUUGUGAUUCCAUGUGGAGUUGACAUUAGUUUGACAGCUGUACAGUGGUACCUCUGGUUGCGAACUUAAUUCAUUCCGGAGGUCCGUUCUUAACCUGAAACCGUUCUUAACCUGAGGUACCACUUUAGCUAAUGGGGCCUGCUGGCGCGCGAUUUCUGUUUUCAUCCUGAGAUAAAGUUCUUAACCCGAGGUACUACUUCCAGGUUAGUGGAGUCUGUAACCCAAAGUGUUUGUAACCCUAGGUAUUUGUAACCUGAGGUACCACUGUAAUUGGUGCAGGACUAUUUUCAUCUUUUAUUCUAAUAAUAGUGCAGGGAUUGCUAACGCAGAACCUGUGGCUACCAGGUUGGUGGCCCUCAUGUUUUUUGGCAGGGGUGGGGGAUGUGUUUUCUUUUAAUAGGAUUUUGGAAGGGAAUUUCUAAAUUUGGGGAGGAGUGCCCCUUUUUGGUAUCAAUCUCAGGAAACAUUGGAAGAGUGCGCCUUCGGGGAUGAAGUCAAACCGUUGGAGAGUUACAAUGCCUACUGUUGCUUUAUAUUUUUCCUGGUACUGGGAAAUUCUGCCUGUUUUUAUUAGACAGCAACAGCAUGGGUGGGUGGGUGUAUUUGAAGGUGGGGGAGUCAAUAUUAUAUGACCUCCACAGUCAGGACCAGUAGGACAUAAGUAACUUCCACAGCAUGCAUAUGGUUGUCUCAUGGUGGAGGGAGCAGCAGUGAUUAUACUCACAUUUCAUGUUAUACCAUGCCCUCAUGGCAGCCAUUUGUGACUGCCGCACACAGUUUAUCAAAAUUUGGAAUGUCCCUACUAGUCCCAAAAGGUUGGUGAUCUUUUUAAUGGCUAGAUGGACGUUUUGAGUCAUGUUACCAGUAUUGAAAACAGAAAACCUGCAUUUAUGUACAGUCAUACCUCGGGUUAAAUGUGCUUCAGGUUGAGCAUUUUCAAGUUAUGCUCCGUGGUGACCCGGAAGUAACAGAGCGCAUUACUUCCGGGUUUCGCCGCAUGUGCAGACACGCAAAAUGACAGGCAUCACGCACAUGCGGGAAAACGGCAAAACGCGAUGCGCAGUCGCAUCUUAUGUUCUACUCAGGAUGCAACCGGGGCUCCGGAAUGGAUCCCGUUCACAUCCAGAGGUACCACUGUAUUUAAUUUGUUUGUGGGUUUUUUCAAGAAAAAGAGGUCAUUUGUUAGUUGAUUGCCCUGUCUAAUCUAUUUGUUGUGAUCUCUUGUAGAGAAGUUUCCAACUGUGCAGGAGAAUUGACUGGAUACGGUGGAAGUACUGAAAAGCUAAAAGACUUCAAUGUAGAAGGAAAACGUAUUAUAAAAGAGAACUGCAAAGACUUAACCAAUCAGCAUGUUUUGCCUCUAGUCGGUGAAUGGGAAUUUGAACGUGAUGAUGACGAAUAUGUUAAGUUUUUAGAUCUGUUUUUAACAUACAUGCUUGAAAGAGAUCUGGUCAAUAACAAAGACUCUAUGAUUCCUUUUCUGAUGAGCUUUUCCACACUCCUUAGGGAACAUGAACUCAACUCUUUCCUUUUUGAUGUUCACACAACACUAAAACGUCGACAGAUCAGAAAUAAAGGCCAACAUGUUUUUAGGGCUGGUUCUUGCUACACUCCUGUUUUUGAUCCCAGUGCUGCUAAUCUGGAUCCUUUGUGUGAUGAUAAGAAAAAGGUUUCUAAUAAACCAGCUGUGCUUGAGACUUCUGUUUGUGACUCAGUGAUGAGACUCACUGCAAGAAGAGGAUUAUUUGGUCUAAGCCAGCAAUCAAUUUAUGGUGCACGAGAUUCCUGUAAAGAAAAAACUCUUGCGCCUGUAUUAACUCAACGUUUGUCUGAACAAACUUCUUCCCCCCAAACAGCUCCUGUUCAUAGAUAUAUCUACAAAGCAGUUCAGGUAACCGAUAUUCUACAAAGAACAGAACCAACUCCAGACAUGAACUUUAAAUUUAACAAAGUAGCUCGCUUGCUUGAAUGGAUGAUCAGAUGGUCUGAUAGAAGACUGCUUUAUGAUCCCAUCUCCACACAGCCAUUUCAGGAAUGCCAGCCAAUGAUGCAUGUAAAAACAUCUGCAUCUGCCAUACUUACAUCAUUGUGGCUUUUAGAGCAAAAUUUCUCCAGUGAAUCACAAAAUCAAAAUGUCCAUCUUUGGGUAAGUAAGAGAAAUUAAACCCACCAGGUUUGGUUGCUAGCUAAUAUGCAUCAAUGUACAAAUAAAAUCUGGAUACAGAAAGACCACAAAUUUAGAGUGGACAUUUCCUAACUCCUAAUACUUGCCUCAGGAAUAUUUGCAUUCUAUAUCUUAUUUUAAAUGUAACUUCCCCCAAAUGUAAGAAUCUCAAUAAUAUCCAUUGUGAGCAACAUUGUAUACAGUCACUCAGACCUCUCCCCAACUCUUGUAUGUAUUAAGGAGGGAAAACACUUUCUAAGCUGUAGUGUAGUUGGGGGGCUUUAAUUUAUUGUUUGUUCCACACUGUGCCAUAUUUAAGCUGCAAACCUAUUCACACUUUCUUGAGAGUAAACAACAUCAAACUCAGUUGGACUCAUUUCUGUGUCAGGGUGGGGGAUGAAUUUAGCAAAUGUGAUUCAUGAAGCAGACUCAUCAGACUUGCAUUUCCUGGACUGAUGUACGAAAAUGGGUCAUUUUCAGAAUCCACACUCCUACCAAAUCCCACAAUUAGAAGUCAGCUGACUUCUAAUUGUCCAGUCGGCAACCACUUGGAGCAACUAGUGCACACAGUUCUUGCGAUGUGUUGGAAAUAUGGGUACAAUUCCCCACCCCCCAGGAGUGAUAGGAAAUUAUGAUGUGCUAAACUGUCUGUACAAUGUUCUCGUAUGUUCCCAGUUGCAUGUAUUAAGCCCUGUUCCAUCUUGAGAGAGUAGCACAAGGUAACACUUUGCUGACUGAACAUCAGAAAGAACGUUCUGACAGUAAGAGCCAUUAGAAAGUGGAACAGGACCCCCCUCAGAAGGUGAUGGACUCUCCUUCCUUAGAUGUUUUGAAGCAGAGGUUGUGUGGCCAUCUCUCAUGGAUGCUGUAGUUGAGAUUUCUGCUUUGGAGGAGGUUGGACUAACCUAUUAAGCCAAGAAUUCUAGGAUUCUAGAAUUGUUUAUAAAAAAGGAAACCGACAGGGACGAGGAACAUGAAAAUACUAUAAUGUUCAGCUGUAUCUUUAGGAGACAAUGUGGAUAAUCACAUAUUUCAUGAGAGACGUAUUUUAGGUGAAUGCACUGUAGAUAGGUCUGCCUCAGUGUUGAAAUAUAAUUCAAAAUGCUUAUAGCAAAUGCUGUCAUACUUUCUUUCUUGUUGAUUGCAUAACAUGCUUUUAUGCUGGCUGAGUGUUUAGAAUGUGAAGUAACUGCCUGUAGUGCCGUUGCUAGGAGAUCACAGACAUUCCAUAAACAUACAAGUUCUUUCUGUGAUGCACUUUGACUGCCUUGAAGACCUGAGUGAGAAAUACUAGGGCUAUGGUAUUUAUGUAAUUAAAGUUUUGACAUGUAAUAUUUCUAAUGUAUCUAAAUACCAUACUAUAAGAACAAUUUGUUCAUUGAACUCAUUGCUUUGCAUUUAAUUUGAGAAGUUUAAUAAUAACUAAGUAGAGCAAAGCCUUGUAUAAAGAACAAGUUUGAUAAUUUUCUUUAUUAACUUGCAGAAUAUAUUAUUUAAGAUGCAGCCUAAUUGAAGUACGUACUUGAGAAAAAUCUGUCAAGCUUAAGAUGCUCACAGGAACAAAUUUGGUAUGGGAGGAACAUCAACUUCAAACUCUAUCUAGAUCUAGUAUGCAUAUAGCAAGUUGUACUCCACUGUUAAUUCCACAGAGAGGAAUCCAUAUCAGAAGUCCACAUCCAGUUCAUUGGAUCCAAAUUGGUUGCAUGCUCACCAUUCUCCUUAGGCAGGCAGAUCUUCCUUGCUAGAUAAAGGCAUUAAUAUAGAGAGAGUUUGUGGGGCAUUGUUGGUGAUGAAACAUUGCUAGUCAUGUAUUUACAUAGAAAUUAUAUGUGUGUUCUGUUUUGUUUUGUGUUUAGAAACGACACAAACAGUAUGCAAGUACUUCAACUGUUAGAGCCAAACUAGAGAAAGACAUCAGUGUGGAUACAGGCUAUUCUCCAUCAGUUGGGACUCCAGUUGGUAUCCAAGAUGGACAUGCCUUUGGCGAACCUUUUGAAAGUCUUCCAGGGUAAUAAUUGUUCAGUUUCAUGUAAGAGCUUAGAAUGUCAGGAGCUGGAGCAUGAUGCUAAGAAAGGCUGUCUACAGUCUGAAGUCUUCAGUUCUUGCAAUCUUUUCCCAUGUAUAGGACCUUACAUGAAAAGCAGUCUGAGAAGAAAGAAAUUAAUUUCAAGGAUCAUCCUUUGACACAUGGUGUAGAGAUUGAAGAAAGAAAUCCUGUCAAACUUCAGACAGAAGAAAUAGGGGAAUACAUAUCAAAUGAAGAUGUGACAUCUGAAAAUGAAGGUUAGUUAAAUUUAAAUUAAUUAAAAUAAUUAUUUCUUUUUAACGCAGGUGGCGCUGUGGUCUAAACCAGUGAUUUUCAACCUUUUUUGGGCAAAGGCACACUUGUUUCAUGAAAAAAAUCAUGAGGCACACCACCAUUAGAAAAUGUUAAAAAAUUUAACUCUGUGCCUAUAUUGACUAUAUAUAAAGUAAUUCUCUUGAAUAGGAAUCAAAUAAACACAAAGAAAGUAUUUUAUAAUUACUUUAUUAUGAAAUAGUAAGUAAACAGAAAUAUGAAAAAUUAUAAAAUACUUUAUUCAGUGCGCAACCUGGGCCUGUUUGGCUGAACACAAAGCUGAUAUUCUGGCUGGAAUCGAAGAAAGGCACACACGUAGCUCUUCGUCAACAGCUCUCAGUCUCUCUCUGUAUUUAGUUUUUAUAGCAAUCAUGCUUGAAAGGCUCAUCUCACACAGAUAUGUAGUGGAAAAUGGGAGCAAUGUCAAAAUAGCUUUGUUUGCCAGAAGGGGGAACUCCUUGGCAGUAUCCAACCAAAAACUGUCCAAAGGUAGAUCAGCAAAUCUUAGCUUGAAACCACGAUUUUGUCUCAGUUCAGUUAGUUCCUCCUGCUCCUGUAAAGUCAUGUCCUUUCCACCAACUGAUGCUGAGCCAUAAGGGUCCCUAACCCAGUCAAGGCAUUCAGUGGAGACUGAAGAGAAAUAAAAUGACAACUUCUCCGGUCCUCCUGGUGACUCGAGUUGCAACGUCUUCUUCUCUCCGCUGCUGCGCACACUGUGCUCGGGCGGGAAGGAAGUCAGAAGAUGAUGUCCUACUGUGAUAGGUCCAGGCUGGAGUCUGGACCAAUCACAGCCCGGACAUCAGAAAAGUGGAGGGUGUCCCCCUGAGGAGCACCAAUCGAUCAAAAACCCCACCCCCCCAUACCCAGGACACAGUCCGGCACCCGCCUAGUGGGCGAAAAUUUGAAUAAUUUUUUUAAAAAAUCUUUCGAAUUUUUCAAUUUUUCCCACGGCACACCAGGCAACAUCUCGCGGCACACUAGUGUGCCACGGAACAGUGGUUGAAAAACACUGGUCUAAACCACUGAGCCUUCUUGGGCUUGCCAAUCAAAAGGUCGGCGGUUCGAAUCCCCAUGAUGGGGUGAGCUCCGUUGCUCUGUCCCAGCUCCUGCCAACCUAGCAGUUCAAAAGCAUGUCAAAGUGCAAGUAGAUAAAUAGGUACCGCUCCGGCGGGAAGGUAAACGGCGUUUCCGUGCACUGCUCUGGUUUUGCCAGAAGCGGCUUAGUCAUACUGGCCAAAUGACCCAGAAAAACUGUCUGCGGACAAAUGUCGGCUCCCUUGGCUAGUAAAGCAAGAUGAGCGCUGCAACCCCAGAGUCGUUCGCGACUGAACUGUCAGGGGUCCUUUACCUUUUAAUUCUACAGAGAUCCACAUACAUGAUAUUAAGCUGCUAUUUUACACAAAUUUUAAAACAAUGCCUUUCUGUAACAAAGACCUAUAUAUCUGCUUAAACUAGUACAACUGCUAGAGCCUGCUGUUUCUCCAGAAUUCAUACUCUAAUAUUCAGCCUCUAGCUAUGCUUUUUAUCUAUAGUUAAAGCCUAAGCCAGUUGCUUACAAAUAGUGGCUCUCACAGCACUUUCAGGUGGUCCCUGCAACCAUUACGAAAAUAUAAAAGGUGGCUGAGAGCAAUUGGAGGCACAUAUUGUUCAUAUGUCAGUUAAAAGGAAGUGGAAUGAAGGAAAAUAAAGGGCAGAGGAAGCCCUUGGCAGUUUCUAGUAAAUGGUAGGGGUGGUUUAGUGUCUUUUUCAGAACUAUGUGCCCCUGCUCCCAGUAUAUCACUGUAAAGUAGGUUUGAGGGGAAGGCUUGGGAGAGCUGGAAGGAAAAUAGGAAGUGCUCUUUAUUCCUUCUCCACUCCUGAAACACCCUAUCCCACAAGCAGCCAGAACAGUACUACCAGGUUCCUGCUCCAGGCCAUUUAACAUGAGUACUCUUCUUAGGAUAUUUUGUAGCAGGUCCCACUGGCCUUGGAAUAUACACACUUUUAGGAGAUAAUCAGUUGAUAAUCUGCAUGGAGCAGGGUGUUUACAGUUGGGAAGGGAUGGCAAUAGACUGGAUUGUCCCCAUAGUGAUUUAGUUUCUCUUUAUGUGCCUUUUAUUUUAAAGAGCAUGAAGAUCCGUUUGCAGUUUCAAAGAGUCCUACCAUUUCUGUCAGCAUUAAAUCGGUACAACGAAAGAAAGAGGCAAGUUACCACAGCAAUGAGUAAAAUAUAUUCACUUGAACGUGCACAUAUGCACAUUCUCUCAUGGAGAGGUCUCUAAGCAGGUUGCAUUGCAUGCCCUAAAGCUUGCAAACAAAAAAUACCUAAACUUCAAAGUCUUUGCUCUUUUCUGCCUGUUGAGGCUCAGUCUGUUUCCUGUGUCAGCUCAGAGCACAUCCUCCUUGGGAUCUUCACCUUACCUUCUGUUUUCUCUCUCUCCUGAGUUUUACCUGGAUAUUUUCCAUUUAACCGUAUAAAACCAAAAAGCUCAUUUUUUACCUCAGCAGCUCCUCCUUUCCCCACUCCACCCCCACCAUCUUUUUCUGCUCCUUCUGGGUCUUGAAGCAGGUCUUAAGAAUUUCCCUACCACCAGUAGCUAAGAAAACCAGACACAUUUCUACUGCUGGGCACUCCUCAGCAGGAGCCGUAAGGACCCAAGCAGUCACCAUUGGACUGUAUAGAUUUAAAUAAGGUGUUUCUGUGAGACAAUUGCAUGCUAACAUGCUCAAAUGCACUUAAAAGCCUUUUUUUUUAAUUACAGCAGCCGUCUGUAUCAGAUGUUGAAUAUCCACCAGAAGAUCCAUUGACGGAAACAUUGGAGGAAAAAUUUACCAAGCUGGAUAAGUGAGAGAAAUUAUAUCCUUAAUUUAAAAUAAAAUAAAAUUGUGCUUUAACUAUUUUCUAGUUUAAGGGAAGUUUAGAUACCUGACAUUAAAUUCAUCAUCAAAGAAAAGGAUGUACUACUUAAAAGUGCAGUUUAGUUUUAUCAGACUCCUGCAGAUUUACAUGAAUCUAAACUUGAUUUUUUGAAAAACAAACCUAGCACAAAAUUUAUUGGAAGGGUGCUCAAAAGACACCUUUUUGCUUUGGUAUUUUGGCCAUUGGUGUUUGCAAGGGCCCCAGUCCAAAAAAAAUCCUGUUAACCUGUACAAAGAACUGUAUCUCAUGGGGAUUCCCUUCCCUCCUCUACCCCUUCCUCUGAUUUUAUUAGAACUUUCAGUAAUUCUAUUUCCUGGGACACCAUAUUGUGUUACUUUUCUUCAGAUGUUGCGGUGAAAGUUGCAGUCUUUCUGUUUGUGCAAGGACUUCCACUCUGCCAACAGAACUUCCUCUCCCUGUGUCUCUCCCAAAUUUGUCUUCAGAGCUUUGGCAGUGGAGUGGGUGGCAACCUAGAAGAGAAUUAGGGAGUGCACAGAGGGAAAAGAUGGAGGAGAAAAUCAGUUGCACUAGUCUGAACAGAACUACUUCAUUUGAUCCUACAAAGCAGGCCAGCUUUUAUGAGCAUAUGACAUAAUACAGACAUUCCAUCCCCACUUGAAUAUGUGGGGCCAGCAAGCACCCUCGGAAUUGGCCGAUUGUGUUUUAAGUAGGAUCAAAGGAAUAAAGAAGUAUAACUUCUCUUAAUAUAAUUGACAUGCAUUCAAAUCAAGAUACCUAAUGUGAUGAAAAAAUCCUGACCUGAUAUAUUUUUUCUCUCUACAGUAUUUACCAUACAAAAUGCGAGACAACUCCCAAUAACACUCCAUGCUCAUUUUGCCCUGAAAUGAAGUCAGAAACUACUAGGUAAAAGAAACUAAGAAGCUCUUUUUAAAUAUUAGGCAUAAGGUCAUCUGUCAACUUAAUCUCUAAUAACGCUUCUGGCCAUUUCAUGUGAAAAGUUGAAGUUAUAAUUAAAGAUACAUUGUUUGCGUCAAAAGUUUUGCAACCCGUUGUCUGCUACUGCAUACAGGUAGUGGCUGAGCAAUUCAGUUUACUUUUGAGCCUGGAUUCAUAAGGGUUCAGUCAGAUAACCUUCUUUUCAAUGUCUGUGGCACUCAAGGCAGGGGAUUGAGUCUACCAGGCCACACAUUCUAAACAGGAACUAUCUGCUUGAUUUUAGAUUGGUAGAUGUUUAAGGAACUGCUAGGUAUUCUAGGAAGUACUACUAGUACUAAAUUCCAAGUUGAACUCCAUUUCCUUGUGUCAAUACUCAUUUAACAUCUCAUGUCUUAUCAGCAUUAAGGAUCAAGUAUCUUAAGUACAGCCUACUUUUUCUGUCUUUUUCACAGUGGUUGAUUAAAGUAGCAAUUUUGUAGAUAAUAUGCUUUAAAGAGAAAGCUAUUAGCCAUUUUGAGCCUAUAAAAGACAGCAUAUGUAUGACAUAUUGAUUGUAUAUUUAUAAGCACAUUUCUAAUUGUUAAUGAGAAAAAUCACUAAAAAUAUUUCCUAGUCUACUGUGUUAAGUUUGCAAAUGACAAGCUGUCAGACAAAACAAAACUCUUAGGCACAUCUUUAUAUUCCUGUAAAUGGCCAAAGUUACUGUCUCCAGCAGUAGAAAGAUUGGGGGCAAACACUAUAUCAGAUUAGGAGUUUUAUAUGUGAAGUGAUCAGAAUCUAGGUAUUUUACAAGUUAGUUUGUCUCAGGUAUAUUUUCCCUCUGCUUCUGCAGUGUACAGCUUGCGGUCUCAGAUGAACGGGCUUCUUUCACUGCAGUGUCAAGUGUUCUUUCAAGUAGUCCUCUGGUUCCAAAGAACGAAGAAGUUAACACUACUUUACCAACGGAACAACCACCGAACGUUUCAGAUGCUGUUAGGCAAAUGCUGCAAGAUGAAAUGUUUAAAUUGGUUCAGGUAAAAAAUAUUCAUUAUGAAAAAGUGUUCCUGAGCCUGCUAGAAUUCUUCUGGGGGACAUGUCCGAAACACUUAUAGCAGAAGAAGUUCCUUGUUUGUUUGUGUACAUUUCACUAAUUCAUCAUGUUGUUCCUCAAAGGGGGUUACAUAUGGUACUCAGGCAGCUUCUGGGACAGACACAGAUGGGGGUUCAAAUACUCGCCUCCUCACAUACUUGUUUAAUGCAGGGAGGGGGACUGUGGCUACUGUCCUUGCAAUACUUGCCUGUGCUUUGUGCAUUUGCAUGAAUCCUAUGGGAUCAGGGUUCCCUGUAGGCACUUUCAGCUUUAUCCAUAUAGGAGUUUCUUUCCAAUGCUCUGCUGAAUGUUAGGAGGUUGGGUUAGAGCUGGCGGCAGCCCACUUGGGAGUGGAGCGGAUGGGUACACUCCACACUUUAAGUACAGUCAAACCUCGGCUCCUGAGGUUUUGGAACAUUUCAGCUCCCGAACACCAAAAGCCCAGAAGUAAAUGCUUUGGUUUUUGAACGUUUUUCAGAAGCCGAACGUCCGACGGGGCUUCUGCUUGAGUGCAAGAAGCUUUUGCAACCAAUCAGAAGCGGCGCCUCAGUUGUCGAAUGUUUUGGAAGCCGAAUGGGCUUCCGGAACAUAUUACGUUUGACAACUGAAGUUUGACUAUAUGCACAUGAAGGAGGCGUUUCUGAGCAGUGUGGGAGUCUGAUGUGACUUGAGAGGAUCCGUUGAGCAAGACUGUGUACUCAUUCAUUUAUUCAUAUAUUGGUGAAAAUUCUGCAUCUACAAUAAAGUACUUGCAAUAAUUGCGCAGGACAAAACUGUGCUUGUGAAAUAUGAUCUUCCUGAGCAGAAUGCUUGGUGUUAUUCAGCUGGUAUUAUUUCACUAAAAUAUAGAAACUUUUGCCUUCCUAGAUAACUGCACUUUGCUGAGUCAGUGCAAUAGAAUAAGAAUAUUAUGAAGUCGUGGGUUUUUUUAGUCAUGAUUUUGGUUUAUAUUCUAGCUGCAGCAGAUCAACUUUAUGAGCCUCAUGCAAGUGGUAGGAUCAUCAUUUGCCAACUUGCCAAAUAUGUCGCAGCAGAUGCAGCAGUCACAGUCCUUUCAGUUGGGAAGAAACCAGGCUUCAAACACUGGCGGCACUGAUGUCAGUAGGACUCCUCCAAAACUUGUAACAUAUGACUUGCCAGUAAAAGAGAUGACAACUCUAGAAAACAGUAGUGGUGUCACUAAGAAAAACACCAAUUCUCAGGAGAAAAACAGCUUGCAUUAUCAAAGUCAUAAUGGAGAUACUUCAGUAAGUAGAGAGUUGCCCUUUUAAAUGUAAAGUUAUAAUUCAUUUAGGGUCUUCAUCUAUUACAUUAAGCCAUUGUCUGUUCACCUUGUGACAGUAUAUUUUUCUCUCAUUUAGAACCCACUGCACAUCAGUGAUUCUUCAAGCUUACCAGAGGGCCAGACCAUUGGAACAAGCCAGGUUCCACCAUUUCAAAACUUGCUUCAUCAGGUUCCAGCCAGACCAUUACCUUUAUUAUCAGUUUCCCUAAAUGCUGAGAAGAUACCUAAGCUUAUUCCAGUUUCAAAACCCUUAAAUAAUGCAACUGGGCUUCCUUUGCUUAAACUUAAACCUGACUUUCAGUUCCAGCCACUCAAUAUCUGCCCAGUAAAAACCCCAAAAGUUUUCAAUGGACCAUUCCCAAAACAAAGAGAAGCCUGGGGUGUACCUCCUCCUCUGGUGAAGAGUCCUCAAGGUGUACAGAUGCCAGAGUACAAAGGAACAACAGAACACCUAAAUUUGAACAACUAUGAUCAGGCAGGCCGUUGGUCAGAAACUGUAAAUAAGGGUCAUUCCAACCAUGUUAAUUUGGAUGAAUAUGAGAAAAAAGAAAAUAUGGCGCCUUCUCAACACCUUCAUGCACAUCUAAAGGCAGAGAAGCCACUGAUUGACAAUGGGAUUCCCUUGCAUAAAACUUACCAAAAUUUUGCACCGAUUCCUUUGCUUUAUCUGAAGCCCUACUCACAAUACAAGCAUCCAUCCACUAUGCCUCCUGCUAAACUUUCGGAAAAGAACUUUGAUUCCAUAGACCCCUUUUCGCAGACAGGAAUGCCAUUGCUUUACACUAAUUUACCUCCACUCACCAAGGUAAUUGAUUCUAUAUAAGCAUGCAUAAAGAUAUCUUUUGAAAGUUUUUCUGUUUCGGUCAGCCUGUCUAGACACAUGAUUUGGUUAUAUCCAUUCUGAAAUUUGCUACAGAUGUUUUAUAUGUUUUGUUGUUUUUAGAUGUUAUGUUUUUAUUUUCAUUUGUAUUUUUAUUACUGAACUAUUUGCUGCUGGGCAUCCUUUGGAGGAUAUCAACUUAAGAAAUAACACAUAUUUUAAUUAAAUAAUUUAACCUUCCCUUUAAAACAGGGAUGGAGAAUUGGUGGCCCUCCAGAUGUCGCUGACUUUGACUCCCAUUAUCCUUGAGCAAUGACCAUGUUGGCUGUGGCUGAUGAGAGCUGGAAUCCAGCAACAUCUGGAGGGGCACAGAGUCUCCAUCUCUGUUUUAAAAGAUGUGCAUAAGAAUUAAGUAUGUCUUAAUAAACAUUACUCCUUCCUUUGAUUGUUGUUUCCGUUUACAUUAGUGGAAUUUGAACGUCUUUCAGUAUUUUCAGAAUCUGACCUCUUUUGCUUUUCAAAGUCAUCAUCCAAUUUGGGAAAAAUAACAUUAUUCACAUAAUUAUCAAAUCCUGCUUUCUUUCCUAAACAGUUUCAAACACCAAAACUCAUCCCACUUCAAAAUAUCAUUGCAUUUGAGCAAAGCCGCCAGGUUGUCCAAGUCCCCCACAUUGGGGUUAAAGACCAUCCUGAAAAGAUUCAGUUAUUAAAAGCUAACUUUAAACCGCGUGAAGUGAGACAAGAUAUGAAUAAUAAAAAAAGGUAAGAACAAAUAGUACUGAUCAUACCAAUCUAUCUAAAUGUGAUCAUAUCAGUUUUGGUGAACUUAACGUAAGAAAAAGGCAGUAACUAUGGGCUGAUAAUAAAUUACAAAACAAAUAUAAUUUAUCCCUUCUAGUUGUAUUGGUUCAGAAACAGUGGUUUCUUCUGCCAAAUCAGAGGCAAGAUAGCAAGCUGACUUUAGUCUGGAUUAGGAUCCACAGAAACUUCAAUAAACUCUGAUUUGCUGUCUCUUGUUCCUUUCAGUCCACCAAGCUCAAGCAUCAGUCUUGUUUCUCUUUUGUUAUUUUACAUGUUUUGUUUUAAAGAAGGAGGCUUCAGCCCCACAAGUUCUCUGCUUCUUUUAAGAAGUGUGGGAGUUGUCUCUGAUCCCUAAUGAGCCUGGAGAGGAACUACUCACAGUAAUUCUCCUAUCAAAUAUUGAAACCUCCAUAGGCACAAUUCACCGUGCAAAACACCACGGGGAGAGGCAGGCAGGGUCUUGUGGUCCAGUUUCAUGGUCAUUUGAGUAUAUAACUUGCCCAUUUUUGCUUCCUUUUAAACAUGCUCUUGAGACACAAAAUUAAUUAUUUGUAUCUCUGUUGUACUGUGAUAUUAAGUGGUAAAAGUAAAUAAAACAGCCACUUCCCAGCUGCCUGCUGCUGUUUUCAGAUGAAUCCAUUCUCAGGGAACACCUGGACAUAUAAAGAGGCUUACCAGGUGGUAUUUGUAUUUUCUGCGAGUCCCUUAAUACUAGUGCCAUCCCUAGGUUGCUCAGUUGAUGGACUUUGCUAUUUGCCUAAAUACAAAGAGAGAAUUAUCUGAAUGUUGUUAAAAUGCUAAUGUAAUAAUAGGCAGAGGAGGCGUGUCAAGAAACAGAUCAAAGAGAAGCAAGAAAGGAAGAAAGCAACUGUGACUUUUCAACAAGAUGGCUCCGUUGUUUCAGCUGAUAUUGUAGAGCAAGCAAAGGUACAGUGAUACAGCAAUUCUGACUCAUAAUUAUCUUGUUGACUCUAUUAUUUGCUUUAAUGAGCACUUCUAAGCUGUCGGUAUUCAGCAAGAGGGAUUCAAGCACAUAGUGGGAGAUUUAGAUUUGCACAAUUGAAAUGCUCUUUUGCGCUAGCGCAACAAAUCCACUAUAAAACAGAAACAGACUUUUUGUGGUUAGGAAAGUAACGAGAAAAUUCACUGAAAAGUGUGGGAUGAAUGAAUUACUAACUUGAAGACCCUGUGAGGAAAUCAGGUCCAAAGCUUAUUGUCAUAUAACCUCCCUGCUAACAAAUCAGUACAAUUGCUCAGUAAAUAGGUCUGCCUGAGCUACCACCCAUGUGAACAUGUCUGCAUUUCUUUUCCUUAGGUUUCGUGUGACAUUGUCCUGCCAAUAACAGCUCUGGAGCAGAGGAAGGGAGAACAAGAGAUAUGUGCAGCCAGUGAAAAGGUCAACAACAACAACACAAAAAACUAUACAGAUUAAGUAUAGAGUCUCAUAGUGAGAAAAGAGCAGCUAAAUGCAGAGCAGAAAUGACACUGAUACGAUAAUAGGUCUGAUCCUGGGCAGGGUAGAAAAGGAACCAGGGGUAGCACCUCCAGAGCCAAGAAAUUCCUAAUAAUAAUAAUAAUAAUAAUAAUAAUAAUUAUACCCUGCCCAUCUGGCUGGGUUUCCCCAGCCACUCUGGGCAGCUCCCAACAGAAUAUUAAAAACAUGAUAAAACAUCAGACAUUAAAAACUUCCCUAAGCAGAGCUGCCUUCAGAUGUCUUCUAACAGUCAGAUAGUUGUUUAUUUCCUUGACAUCUGAUGGGAGGGCAUUCCACAGGGUGGGCGCCACUACCAAGAAGGUCCUCUGCCUGGUUCCCUGUAACCUUACUUCUCGCAGGGAGGGAACCGCCAGAAGGCCCUUGAAGCUGGACCUCAGUGUCUGGGCUGAACGAUGGGGGUGGAGACGCUCCUUCAGGUAUACUGGGCUGAGGCCAUUUAGGGCUUUAAAGGUCAGCACCAACACUUUGAAUUGUGCUCGGAAACGUACUGGGAGCCAAUGUAGGUCUUUCAGGACUGGUGUUAUGUGGUCUCGGCGGCCGCUCCCAGUCACCUGUCCAGCUGCUAAAUUCUGGAUUAGUUGUAGUUUCUGGGUCACCUUCAAAGGUAGCCCCACAUGUUCCUGCCUAUUCUGAGUAGGAGGCAAAGAAAAAAUUGGAUGCUGACCUGUUAAAGUUAACUCUGGAGAAAGAAAAAGGGAAGGCAUAUAGACAAAACAGCUCAGCCAACACAACAGCUCAGCUGGGAAACCCAGCCAGAUGGGCAGGGUAUAAAUAAUAAAAUAAUUAUUAUUAUACUCUGGCAGAACAAUUAUAAGACUUAUUCUAUGAAGUAAGCAAUGUUAACAUACAUAAUUUUUCAGUUGUGUAUCUAGUAGAUCUUUCAGACAGGAUGGACUAAUCAGAACAAAACCUAUUUAAUUUCUCUCCCUCAAAUGCUUCCUAGGUAUAUUUUAAAACGAUGAUGGGAAUCACAGAAGCGAAUCAAAUUUAAAAUAAUAAUUUGUAAGAAAGUUACAGAAAACCAUGUAUGAUCUCUUAAUCAAAAGGAGUUGCACAUUUAUCUAUUUCUUAUUUAAACAUAUUGUAUUGAAAUAAUAUUAGUAUCUUGAAAUACGUUAGCAGCAGUUGAAUCUAUAUGAAUUUAAUCAUAUUUAUUCUUCUGUCAGGAUAAUCAAACAGAAUUCAGCUAUGACCUCAAUGAUGGUGGCUCCUUACUGAGUGAGUAUUUCAACAAAACUUUUAAAAUUGGAAGAUCCAGUUAUGACCUGUCCAUUCUAUUGAAAUAUGAGGUUGUAUCCAACUAAGUCCUACUUAGAAUAGAUCCAUUGAAAUGAAUGAAUUUAAUCAUACCCGUUAAUUUCCGUUGGUCUGCUCUGAAUAGGAGUAAGAUGGAACACAACCCAUGGUAUUUAUCUUGAACGACAGUGAUAUUUAGCAUGAUCUAGUAGAUACAAAGAACUUUGGAAUGAAUUGUCAGUCAUAACUUUACAUGCAUUCACUGCUUUUGUGGAUUCAUUUUGAAAUAAAUCACUAUUUCCUGGCAUCAGUUUCCCAUCUGUAAAAUUGUGAUUAUAUUUAUAAUGGAUAUAAGUGCAGGAUUCACCUAACGCACCUACAUAUGCAGAAAUGUUUCUCUAAUCUUUUUAUUGAAUAUGAAUUAUGUUUUCUUCAUUUUUAAUUGUACAGCUGAGACAAUGAAAUUAGCAAAAACUAUUGAAAUAGUUUUCUUCCCCUACUAAUUUUGAUGUGGAUAGUAAUUAUGUAUUCCUCCCUCUUAGACCCAGAGGCAGUUAUUUCUUCAGCAGGACUACAUUACUUGGCUUCUGUAAGAAAAAGAAUUGCGGAUCUUCAAGAUGCCUCUACAAAUACAGAUCCUGGUAAAAUAACCUGCCGGAAAUUAUUAUGUUGUUGCUUUUUUAGCAUUUGCAGCUAAAUUGCUUUCCUCUAAGUUAAUUUAUAUUAGAAUAUCUCCUAGCAGCACAAUCCUAUGCAUGUCUACGCAGAACUAAGUCACAUUGUGUUCAGUGUGACUUCUGGGUGUGUUUAGGAUUACAGCCUAAGAACUGUGGAAGAAAUAGCAAUCAAUAAGUUUUGCAGUGUUAAGCAUUGUGUAUGAAAUUUGUCCUCUUCAGACCAAGUCCUUCAUUCCUUCCAUCCGGAAAUAACCCUCUUUCAAUAAAUAACAGAAUGUUUUGUUUUGCCUUUCUGUUGAUUGAUCUUGAUUUUACUUUUUUUCUUUACCAAUCAAGUUAAUAAAUCACAUCAAGAUGUACAAACUGUCUCAGAUGAAAUAGUUUCUGAACCUGAUAAAAAUCAAGCAAUCACCGCUGCUUCUGCGUCUGUAACAGGUGUGCUUCCUUUCAGUCUGUUUGUAUGAACUGUUGGUUUUCUUGCUUGCUUGUUUGUUUUUCAAAUGUGUUCAUUCUGGGUGGGUUCCACUUUUCCCAAAGUCUCCUGGAAUGACUAAAAAUUUGCUCUGGGUGUUGGAGAAUAGUGUGGGAGGUGCUGCAGGGGACUAACCUUUUUUGAAGAUUGGCCACAUUGAGUGUUUGCUGCCCCUCCAAAGACCAUAUGUCAGUGCAUGCACAAAUCUGUGGUGCCGUUGUUAGAAGGAGAGGAAACAGGAACUCAGGAAUGCAAGACUAACCUGCUGGAUCAGACCAGUGGCCCAUCUAGUUCAGCAUCCUGUUGUCACAGUAGCCAAGUUUCUUCCUGUUUUCCAAGAAUCUCUGAAACAUUCUAAUAAGGGUGCCACACCAGAGGGAGAAGGGCCCUUUGGAAAAAUAAAAUGUGGCGCUAUAAUGUCCCCUCCUUGCUUAGGAGAUCUGAGGAUGGGGUUCAGCCUAUUAGGUGUGGUGUUCAACAGUGCCACCUGCUGGUGAAAAAUAAUUUUUGAAAAGUUUCUCAGCAUUGCCUUAUAAUAAGAUAAAUUGAGGAACACCAGAAACUGCUUGGGAAGCCAAAUAUGCCCUAUAGGUUAGCCAACCCUGCUGUAGGGUGGAGGAAGAAUUGGCAAAUGAGUAGGCAGAUCUGUUGAACUGACAGUCCGUGAAGGGACUCCUUUGGAUCCAGCCAGGUAUCUUUAAAUUUAUCUUUAAUUUCUUUUUAUCUUAAAUUAAUCUUCAAGUAAUUCACUUGCUCUCCUAAGGCCAAAUUAUUCAAAAUAUCCUUGGAAAUCCCUGUAUUUUAAUAAAGAAUAGAAUGUGCUUUCCUGCUAUUGAUUCAUCUUGACUUUUCUUUAUUUUAUCAAUCAAGUUGUUAAACCUUGUGAGGAUAUGCAAACCAUCUCAGAAGAAAUCGUUUUUGAAUCUGGUAAAAAUCAACUAAUCACUCCUGCUUCUGCGUCUAUUGCAGGUGUGCCAUCAGUCUGUCCAUGUUGAUUUUUUUUAUAUGUGCACAUUGUAUCUUCCUUUAGAAAAGAAACUUUAUUUUACUGAUUUAGAAUCCAUAUAUGUCCAUAUAUGACUAUAGUAUGAGACUACCCCAGUUAAUAUGGACAUAAAGUUCAUGUUGAUUUUUAUUGGCAAAAAAGUGUUGAUGAACCAUGUUUUUCACUUACAUACCCUCUUUUAUUGUCAUUUGUUUUUCAAAGAUAACUAAGAAGUUAAUAUUUAGUCUUUGCCUUCUGUGAAGACCUUAGAAAAAAACUUUUGAGCAAAUUUUGUAUUUGUAUUUCAUAUGUUAUUAUUAAGAGCGAAUGGACUCCCCAUCACACAUCAUGAUGUUGUUGUUUUCUGCUGAGAACGUGCUUGUGGAGGAGAGGGUUUAACUUUCCCAUUUAAUUUUCUCAGUCUUUGAAAGCAGUCUUUUCUCCCUUUGAAAGCAGUUACAGUGGUACCUCGGUUUACGAACUUAAUCUGUUCCUGAAGUCUGUCUUAAACCAAAUCCGUUCUGAAACUGAGGCGCGCUUCCACCGUUUGGAUUCCGGUUUUUUGGACUUCGUAAACCAAAUAGUUCGUCAACAGGGCUGUUCUUAAACCGAGGUACCACUGUAUUUGCCUUGAUAGGUAAAGGGUUAACCCACUCCCCCAGGGCUGCUGCUCCAAACAGAAUCACAGGUCCUCUGUUGUUGCUUUUAACCAAAAAAGGGAAGACAUACUGAGUGAUCCAAUGAUGCAUUUGCUGCAUCUAGUGCAGCUAGGCCCUUGAAAAACUAAUUAAAGUUUUUCUGAUGGAAAUGAGCACCAUCAGUCUAGUAAACUCUGCCAGAAUCCCUCUUCUGGAGGAGACACAUGAGGCUCAUUCCCACUUGUAGUACAGGGAUGGGGAACCCAUGGCUCUCCAUGUGUUGUUGGAUUCCAGCUCCCAUCAGCCUCAGCCAGCAUGCCCAGUGGUAUGCGGGAGACAAUAUGGUAACUAACCCCCACUGUUCAGCACAGGAGGAAAAUACCUUACUGUCAUUGCAUAUUCAGGUUUUCAAUGUUCUUAUCAGUCCUAUUGCUACUGUGUCCAAAUAUAUUUUCCAGCAUUCCUGGAUAUUUACUGCCCAUGGUGACUUAACAAUUUCUUUUUCUUCACACAGAGCUUUUACCUGCAAGUGUUCCCCAGGCAUUGCCACCAGAUGUGUACUUGAACCUUACUUUCCCUGCUGAAUCAGGAAAUGUGUCUUUACAAUCCUCAUCUGAUAUUACAUCUGAUUUGGUAAGUUAUGAGAAAUAUGUGCUGAUGAUGCAGCAGUACAUAGAUACAACAUGUGUGUUAUAUUCAUGCAUCCACUGAAGGGGGAGUAGUUCACUAAUUUCAUCUAAAAAUUUAAUAUUGAUCUUUUUGAUGUGGUUUAGACUGGACGGAAGUUUAUCAAUGUGAUUGAUAUAGAAGAUGGUGAUCUUCUGAAAAACUUGCCAGAUAUUUCUGAGUCUGUUCCAAAACACAUUGCCACUCAGCCUAUGAAGUCUGAAUUCCCAGCUUCUGCAAAAUUGCAUCACAUGGCAGCAUCUGUUACCAAUACAAUUCCACCUGAAGAAUUUGAGACAGAAGGUGAACAAUUUUCAUUUUAUUUCAAAAUAUUCGCUUUUAAAACCAGUUCCUUUUGAUAUUGUUAAUUGAACAAUUCCUCUGAGAAUGUGCACCCCUUCAAAACACACUUUAAGUUCUUCCUGCAAAGCUGUAGCGUUCAUUGUUGUAUAUUGUGUUUCUAGCAGUUAAUGAAAAAAGCAUUUUCCCCACUUUUUUGAUUCAAAGGAGAUCUUCUUCAAACGGAAUCACCCCAAGCGCCAUCCAAGCCAGCAGAGACAGAGAUUCCUGGUGAUCGUCUAACAUUGAACCUCCUGAACGAGGAUUUCAGCACUGCUUCCUCCACAGGACCAUUAGCCAGAAAAAUGAGCAGAAAGCACAUUUCUGCCAAGCUACAGGAAAUGGAUAGGCAGCUACUGGCCCUACAGAACGUGGCAGAAAGAAUAGAAAAAGAAUUUAGCAGUACUAAACUAGUAGGUUUAUGUUUUAUAUGCUUCCUUCUGCUCAAAACUUUUUUGUGCCUGUGUUAAAGAUUGGAGAAAUAUUUAUGUUUAAAGUGUGGCUUUGUGAUCUCUCUCCUUUUUUCAGGUUGUGGACACUGUAGAAGAUGUAGGUACAGGAGAGGAUGACAUCUCAUUCUUUGCCCCAGGUGUUAAAGUUUCCAAAGAAGGUGGGUCUUGUUGAUUCUGCUUGCUGAUCUAUGGAAAGUUGAGAAUAAUUGUCAGCAGCAGGAGUGGGCUCAGGGUGAGUGGUAGGAGUUUGUGAGGAUAGAUGGAUGGAGAGAGGUUUUACUGGAUAAAAUAUUUUGAAAUGAAUAAAACAGUGUAGGGAGCAUUGGGAAAAGGUAAAAUAAUCCAAAUGUAUCAAAAUAUUGCAAAAAUAAGGAAGUGUCUUAUGAUACCUUCAAGACCUAAUAGAUGUAUUGAUUCAUUUCAUGCAUCUGAAUGAGACUAUCGCCAACAAAAGCUUAUGCCCAUAAUGAACUUGGUAGUUGGAUAAUACCCUAAGUCACACACAGCAGAUCUAUGUAAAUUUAAUAGACUUAAGUCCAUUGAGUUCUGUCAGGGAACUGACAUCGGAGCUAGAGGCGGAGGGAAGGCUCUCAAAUGAUGCUGGAUAAGGGCCCAGCAGGGAGAGGGGCAGCUCAGCAGAUGAGGAAGCAAAUCAGCGCAACACCAGGGAUAAAGGGGGGCAGAUGGGGGAAUCGGCGAGAGGGCUCCAGGACUCUUCACCGGACACCAGCGGGGAGAGCACGGGUCCUCCGCUACCCACGCCCUCCCUGCGCAGAAGGCUUCCGCGCAGGGAGAGUAGGAGGAGACUUGGCGUCAAACAACUUUUAUGUUGGAAAAGGUUUAAGAAACGCCCACUGACGGAUUCUGCUAGCGACUAAGGCAGCCACGAAGUGAAGGGCUGUCCAGACAGAAAGGUUUAACAAGGCAACAUAGCCAGGAGAGGCGGCAACUUACGCACGAGCAACCCAUACUCAUUACAAGUUCAAUGGGUAAACUCUGAGCAUGAUUAACACUGGAUUUUUAUUUUUAAAAACCCUUGUAAGUAUCACAAGACCCUUUCCUGUUUUUGCCACAAGAGAUUCACACGGCUGCUCCUCUGAACAUAUUGUAAAAAUGUGUUUUGUUGCUUCUAAAAAUCGAUGUCCACUCAUUUGGUUUCAAUUAUCCUUUUGUUGAAACAGAGCGCUAUUCAACCCGUGUGAUUGUGGAGAAUUAUACAGAGGAGGAAAGGAGUUUAGGAACGGAAUCAUUUCAAACUAACUACAUUGCUUUGCAAACACCCUCUGCUUCUCCUUCAGCAUCAGCUUCUAAUCUUCCCAGAAUCAAAAAGUCAUCUUCUGGUACCAUUCCCUACCUGUUGAUUAUUCUAUAAUCAUGCUGCUUACUGUUUUUAGUUAGCAUUAUUUGUAUAGUAGCCACAUAUGUGGAAUAGUUCUGCUUCCAUAACAUUUCUAACUUUGCCAUUUAAUUUAGUAAUGGUUGAGGAAAAUGUCAUGGACCUGUGUGAGAUAGUAGAUAAAGUCGAGCCUGGUUGGGAAAUUGUUCUUUCCUAUGCUGUUACCUCUGUUCUGUAUUCUGCUUCCUCUGAUCUUUGCAUAUUAAAAAGAAAUGGGCAGAAUAUUAUACUUACUCCUCCAUAAUCCCCCAUAUGAGGUGCCCUGUCUUACCUCUGUUCCUUAUAGAGCUAGACAAAGGCUUGGCAUGAGAGUGUUGCAUAAAUCAUUUUUCUUAAUGGCAUUGUACCACAGAUGGAUGGUUGAGCCCUGGUAAAACAUGAUUGUAGGGUCACUAAGGUCUGUAGGAUUGUUCUGUUCAUCAUCAAAUGACAGGCAUUUGAAGUGUGGCUUUUUAAAUUAUGUGGGCUGCCAAAAAAUAGUGGCAAUGCUUUCAUGGUUUAUUUUAGAGUAUUGUCCUCACAGUCCCUUUUAGUGAUAGACUUAUGCUAUGGUUUUAACACUAAACUUGGUAGUUGCCCUGAAUAAUGUAAUACUGUCUAAAUACAAAGGUAUUAACUAUGGAUGACUGCUUAGCAAAUCCAAACACUGCAACUCCCAAGAUCCCUGACAUUAGGCUGACGGGAGUUAGCAUCCAACAGCAUCUACAGGGUCACACUUUUCCUGUUUCUGUCCUAAUGUAUUUGUACAGUGUCCCAUGUUGGUUGUAUCUUAUGGUGCCUUUCUUUUCUACAGUCUAUGUUGUCAAUAAAUUCUGUUUCUUUUUGCAGAUAUUAAUGUUAGAUCAGAAGAAUUGGAUGAGAGGUAUGUAUGAGAAAAUAUUGAAAUAGGAGAUUUGUCUGGAGAGCUGGACAUGGGGAAAUCCUGUGGGAGGAAGGGUUAAAAAACACCUGCCCACCCAAAGUCCUGAUCCAAAUUGAAAGUCUCCACUAAUGCCUUUUUUUUUGUUUGUUUGUUUGUUUGUUUAAGUAAGGGUAUGAAAUUGCAAUUAUACAUUUAAUGUAUCAUCAAAUUUGACUCCCUAGUUUUUUCUAGAAGUGGUAUGUUUUUCCUAUUUGCAGUAAUGUAAUUGCUUUUUUAAAAUAGUUUUUCAGAAGGUCCUCUGCAGAUCACUGGCUUGAGUGGUGUUUCUGACAUUAUUGCUGAUCUUCUACUUGAGGGUGGCAUUUCUGCUUCAGAGCUGGGUCUCACAGAAACACAAGCAAAAAAAAUAACCAGGUAAUUGCUACAUGACCUGUGACAUUGUGGUAGAGUGGUUAGAGAUUAGGAUACACCUUGGAAAAUCAAGGUUCAAAUCUCCACCCAGCCAUAAAGUUCACUGGGUGAAUUUGGACCUAUUAUUAUCUAUCAGUCUAACCUGCCUUAUAGAGGGCAGAACUAUGUAUGCCACCUUGAGCUCAUUGGAAGGCAGGCAGUAAGUAAAUAAUUACAGCUCAGGUGGCAUUGUGGGACAACAUCCCCACCCCAUCCCCGCCAUUAUCCAGCGAUGGGCCAUGACUCGGGGGGGGGGGGUGUCCCAGCCAGCACAACACCAAAAAUGGUCCCCACGCCAUCCGGGGAAGUGGAUUUCAGCCUGCCCCAAAUUUGGCCAAUCAUGGGAAGGCUGCGUUGCUGUUUCUAUCCUAGAGGCAGAUCGGACUGAGCUGGAAGGCUUCACUCCCAUCCAUCUCUUGGAUAUUUAUUCCCUCCCCACACAGCUUCACUGAGAUACAUGAUAAAGUUAUUAGUGUUACCUUGAGAGAGGUCCAAAUCCAGUUCUAGUUGUGGACUAACUUUUGUUUUCCAUGCACUUGAUAUUUUUGGAAACUUUAUAGUGCUUUGAGAUCAAAACAGACAUAUAUAUUGCUAUGCUACUUUUACAUGCUUUUAAAUGUUAUUUCAUCUAAUUAUUUGAAGUACCGUAUUUUUCACUCUAUAACACACACCCGACCAUAACACGCACGUAGUUUUUAGAGGAGGAAAAUCCGUAGGCAUGCCACCCGUAGGCAUUCCCUCCAUAACACGCACAGACAUUUCCCGUUACUUUCUAGGAGGAAAAAAGUGAGUGUUAUGGUGCAAAAAAUACAGUAUGUGUUAAUUAUGUCUGAGUUUUGUGCUGUAUUCCAGCCUCUCCAGUGUAAUGAGUGGGCAUUCACGUAAAACAGAAAAAGAGAGAAAAGAGUUACACACUUGGAUGAAAAGAAAGAGAAAGGAAAGGCUAGCUGAGUAUCUGCAAACGCUGGCUGAACAAAGGGCAAAAGAACACAAUCCAUUUCAUUUUAGAAGAAAAAUGGUAAGACUACUUACAUUGUAUUAUGAUCAUGUGGCUGUAACAAUUCAAUGUAGACAAUAAUUUUUAAAAUGUGUUAAGAUGUCGUUCUCAAAUAUGAAUGCCCUAAUCAGCUUCCGCUGCAAAUUCUACAUUCUUCUGUACAAUCUAUUACAGCUUUAAAAUUUGCUGGAUCCAUUUGGGGCUGGCUGGUUCAGAUACAGAAAUGAUCAAAGCUUAUUUAUUUGUGGGAUAAAAUAUGAGAAGGGGUGGGGAGUGGGGGGAGGGGUUGAUCACAUAGCCUGAUCCUUUAAUCCAAGGGUGGCCUAACAUACCAAUAGUGGGUAGAGCAAAAUGAGUAGAGAUACUCUUUUCUCUUUGUCCUUCACACAUUCCAUUCAUUCAUUUGCUUGUUGGAGUGAACAGUGCAUUGAGUAUGGGUUAGCUUCUCCUACAGCCCAAGAAAGACAGGGAACAUGCAACCAAAUUGGGGAGGGGGGGUUGUCUAUGCAGGGCUUUAGACUAGAUGACCACUGGGGUCUCUUCCAACUCUACAAUUCUGUGAUUCUGUAAGGGCAGCAGACACCACUCCAUCAUUCAAAGAUGCAUUUAGUCACCUCCCACCCCAGCAGUUGACUGAAAAUUCUCGUAGGUUGUGUCAGUUGAAAGUAUAGUUGUGGACCAUGUUUGUUGGCUUAAAAUGUUUGGAGGCAACCAGUUUAAUAGUUUUUAUUGGUCGAGUGGCCACAUCUCACUUUUCCAUUUGGGCACAGUCCCAAAAUCCUAGCUCUGAAAAAGCACUUAUGAUGAAUGUGUAACCAGUUAUGAAGAUUGGAAAGAGAAGAUAAUUUUAGUAACCGUUUGCCUUUCUUGUAUAGCCACUUGGAAUCACAACACAGAAUAUUAAAUUACAGCAGAAAAAGAAAUGUGAAAAAGCUAAGUAAGUUAUCGCUCAGUGCCAUUCCAGUCUUUCCAUUUAUUUUGUUCUGGUGUAUGUGACUGCAACCCCUUUACCCUGGGCAGGAGGUGGAGUUUGGAUCAGGCUGAAGUGUCUGUCAGCCCUGCUGGCCUCUGUAGCUUCCCAGCAGCCAUCAGCUGAUCUCACUCUGUUGGCAUGGAGCUCCCCUUCUGCCCAUUCACUGGAUGUGUGGAUGGGCAGAAAUGCCACUGGCUGCUGGAUCCUAAGCAUUGGGCCCAACUGUGAUGUCGCCCUGUCAUUCUGUAAAGCCCUGUUGGUGUGGGGGUGGGAACUUAGGAUUUCUCCUUAUAGACCUUUCAGUCACCUGCCUGGAAAUAAGAUCAAAUGAAGCAAUUUUACAUAAGGACAAUUGUCUUAGGCAUGGAUAUGAAGCUCCAGCCUUGAUGAUUUGCUGAAAAAUAGGCCUUGGGCGGAAAUGGCUGACUCAAAAAAGGGGGAAAGAUGGUACAUCUAAAAGUUGUAUAUUGCUGUCUGUCCUGUUUCUCUGGGGAGGUUAUACAGAAAGAAGGGUUUUACAAUUUAAGGCCCAUAGAUGAAUUUGGAUCCCUCUCUGCUUUCCCCCGAAGGUUAGACAGGCUUAGUUUUCUUCUUUAAACUAGACAAAAUGUCAGUAAAGAAACAAAACUUGUAAUAAUAGGCUGAAAUAAUAGGCAUCUUGUUUUCAUUCCCUUCAGAGCCUUGUUUUCUGAGCAUCAUAACAUUAGAGUCUCUGAAGCCCUCACUCUGAUGCAUGAGCUGUUGUCUGACACUGUGCAACUUCCUUCAAGUGACUUUGACUCAUUAGCUAAAGCAAGAUCACCUCAUGAUUUCAAGAGACCACAUAUUGCUUCCGCUGGAGGGUAAAGUAUACAGGCUCCCCAAUGCCUUUAAUUUCCCCAGCUCAGAAGUAAGACCGAUUGAGCAAUAGACAAAAAUAUUAGCUGCUGCUUCCCCCACCUUCGGGUCAGGACCGCAGCAUGGAUGGCUAGAGUUAUGUGCACACACACACACACUCAAAUAUGCAUGUUAAUAUAACAUGUAGUUUGCUCUUCAGGCUAUGGAGAUUGUUGUGGAUAUCUGUGCUACUUCCAGUGCUAACAGCAAAAAGGGAACCUAACUUAGUGGUAGAGGAUCUACUUUAUAUGUAAAGAUCCCAGGUUCAAUCCCUGUCAUCUCAAGUUGAAUUGGUAAGAUGAUGGAAUCAGUUCUUUGCUGUAGAUAAUACUUGCAUAGAAAGCCAAAUAGUUUGAUAUGGUUUUCUCAGUAGUUGGGAAUCUGCCUUAUGCCAACUCCUCAUUGGAAAAAUGAACCAUUUGAACACUGCAGUGGCACAUGGUCAUCAUUACAAACACAAUAGUAUUGUAAUGUUACAUGAUUAGCCCCAGCAUGGACCCUGCUAAUGUUAUGAGAAGCCAUUUUCUUGCACUUUUGUAUAUUGUUUCUGAAACCAGUAUUGCUAUGAUAGAAAUGUGGUAUAUCCCUUGUAGAAGCUGCCACGCUGCAAGGAGGAAGGCUGCUUCCAAAGGUAGUCUGAGUCAGACGAGAUCCUUUUCCAGUCUGUCCUGUGGCAUAACUCCAAGAAAAGGUAAGAAUGGAAAUGAGAUGGCCACAGUGCCCAGAUUGCACUGAACUAUUGGGGAGUUUAUAUAGUUGUGCUUUCCAAUUCCUGAUCCAUAAAUUGGGUAUUUUGUGUCAUUUCUGCUCAAGGCCGACUAUGCCAAACUCCUUACAGAAGAAAGGGACCAGAAUCCCAUCAAGGGGAGAUGCGGUGGAAAAGCAAGAGACACCUGCAACAGUGGUCAAGUCACAAGCUUGACUUGAGAAGUCAAGGUUUGUUAUUGGACCAGUUCUCACAAUGCUCAUUGGUGCUCAUCUCUGCUUUCCUGCAGUGAACACUGAAACUUCUGGGAGGAAAGUUUUUUGUCAUAUUAUAAACUUUAAAAAGUCCAAAAUACAUAGGUUAGGGGUUUAAGAGCUGGAUAAUGAAAAGUCUUUACCAAUGCUGUUUGCUGGAGUUGGGGACCUUUCCAGAACUUGGUCUGGACAGCUUCCCCAAGACUUGGAAAUGCGAGUGAGCUUGCCCAAUAGUUGAAGGAGCUUUGAAAAUGUUUGGUGUAUUUGACUAGCUGUGCAAGCCGUAACUAGGGUCUUGAACUUGGUGUUACAAUAGAUAAAUUCAAAAGCACUUUUUGUGCCUGUGCAGAACCUUCUGAGCCUUUGAGGAAAACAAUGAUGUUUGAGAUGAAUACCAUUUCAACGUAACAAAGUAGCCAAAUUUGUACUUGGUAAUUACACCAUUUAGUGGCAUGUCCAGUGGGCAUCACUGUCAAGACCAACAUAAUGGAGGAGGCUAUGGGAGCAGAGCUUUGUGCUGCAGUCCCUUUAUUACAGUAAAGUUUGCUGUGUUGAGAAGUUUAUAUUGCAUCGCUUUGUAGCGCAUCUUGCUUCAAAUAGUAAGCGGUUGAGGGUCAAGUUGUAAUACUGCAUGCACUGAUUACAGAAUCUUUAUUCCUUCCAUUUGUAACAGAUUCAUUUUGCUGCAUCUCUCUUCUGUGAACUUGGAACUAUAAGCAGAGAACAGUAGGCCCCAAAGUGUACCAUGGCAGGGGUGACUCUAAGACAGUUAUAAUUGGGUAGAACAAAUAAGAGGGCUCAGUAGCCCAUAUUAGAUAUUCUAGAGCAGGUGGAAACCACUAGCAAAUCUUACUUUGGGAGCAAGGGUUGCAGAAUUUAGGUCCACAACACCAAUUAACAAGAGAUAAUUGAAGGAAAGAAAUACUUGCAAAUAAAGAAUGUGCUCUCUUGCAGCUUCUGAUGAGCAGAGAAAGUUCCAAGAGACUGACACAACAAUUCGCACAAAUGAGGAGAGUGAAGACGACGCCAUGAGUGUUUGGAGCAUUCCUGAUGAGAUCCAGAGGAUACUGUAUGGUGGUUCUAAUUCCCAUUUCAAGGCAAGGGUGGAAACAUAAUUAUCCAUUAUUCAUUCUGCAUAUUUGGGUCAGUCACUUUAUUUUAAUCCCCUUUUCUAUGCAAAUGCAUCCGAGAAGUAAAACAAAGAAUCGUUCAUUGCCCCACUGUGGUAUAUAGGGGAGCUCAGAGCUGCAGGCUGGGUUCAAAAUGCUGAUUAUCCGUGAAACGAUUCUGGGGCAGGCACCAGCUGCUACUAACCGUUGUGAGGAUGAAAUGGGCAGAAGACAGUGCCGGCUAAAAGUGCAGACAUGAUAACUGGGGGAAAGUGCCAGUCCAAGCCGGUAGUGGUAGGGAUCCUUGCAGCAUAGGAUACACCCACCCUACUGUCUCUGCUGGGUUUCUGGGAGAGGGGGAAGAGAAGCUGAAAUAGAGUGAGCUCACAAAAACUCCAAAUAAGGUUAUCUUUGCUGGCAUUAUGGACAGCAAUGCUGGACAGGCAGGGUAAUUUUUCUCCUGCUGUUAAAGCAGGACCUGGCUGCUGCUCCGAAGGAGUGGCUAUCUUGAAUGUUUAGACCACCCUCUGAGAGGAAAUAUGGAAUUUGGUAGACUGUAAGUCAGAGCAGGGGAGGAGAGGAGUGUGGGGAAAUGAAAUCCUGGCAGUUGGUGGUGUCAGUAUAAAGUUGGUGAAGAAAGCACUUUAGGGAACUUAGUCUGACUAGCUAAGCUCUAUCACACACUCCUGUCAUUGAUUACCUUUUAUAUCUCCACAGGAGUCUUUGCCUCAUGAAGAUGCUUGCUCCAUUGCCAGCCUUAAUAACUUGGAUAGUGUGUCUGAAAGUACUAGCAGCAUCCUCAGCAAGCUUGACUGGAAUGCAGUGGAAGCUAUGGUAGCAAAUGUGGAAGAAAAAUAAAACCAGAAUUUCUUGGAUGCUCUGCCCUUUAAAAGGAAAGUAGGCCCAAUAUUAUUUGGAACAAUAUCUGAUAGCAGACCAUCAUGGCAUAAUAUUAUGGCAAAAUUCUAAGCAAAGAACACUUCUUUCCUAACCAAUAAGCUAGCAUAUAAAAGCAAAAUCACGGAAUUAUGCAGGCCAGUACAAUACCACAUAUACUUAGGCUUCUUGGAACAUACUUAUGUUUGGUAUAUUGGGCAAAGAAGACAAGAUUCAUAGUUUCUGAAAGCAGUAUUUAAAUAGCAAGAUUUAAAUAGCCACAGUUGCACAGUGAUUAAAAAGAUAAUUCGUAACUAAGAUUCUGAAUCAUGUUUUGUAAUUAUUUAAGUAGUAGUUUGUAGUAAUGUAAUAAAUUUUUUGCUGUUUAAUAC